AUGGGAGAUGACAGUGACUGGAUGAAGUUACCAGUCGAUCAGAAAUGUGAACAUAAGGUGAUUCUCAUUUGUUAUACUUUGGCUCCUGUAGGGUCCCUUUUUGUGAUGCAGGUUGAAGGGUAGAAUUCAGUUGGUUGUGGGUAAAACACCAUAAAAGCAAAUUAACAACAUUAGCUAUAUAGCUAACGUUACUCUAGCACUGUUCCGCUUUUAACCCCUUCAUUGUCCCUCCUUGCUGUCCCAGGUAUGGAAGUCCAGGCUGAAUGGGUAUGAGGAGGCCCUGAAGCUCUUCCAGAGGAUUGACGAUAAGAGUCCAGAAUGGGCCAAGUACCAGGGAAUCAUCAAGAAGUUUGUGACUGACUCAAACGCAGUGGCCCAGCUCAAAGGACUGGAGGCUGUUCUGGCUUAUGUAGAGAAUGCACACGUGGCUUCUAGGUAAGGGGAUGAAAAAAUAUAUAACAGUUAGACAUGGGCUGAAUACUAAAUAUUGUGUAGGACUAGAUUAUUAUGAAUUAAUCAAAUAGAAAUAUCAAAACUCCACUUUCAACAACUCCAAAGAAAUGACCUGUCUAUGGUGCGGGAACCGCUGACUCGCUGCCUUUUUUCUAUUAUAACGACAUCUGCUGGUAACUCUAACUGUUUAGGACAGCUCAUGAGGUCUCCUAAAUAUCUGUCGACUAGGACUGCUAUGACUAAAGAGGCUUCAUGCAUAGCUUUUAUUUUUACCAAUAAGAGUAGGAGUAAAAUUGACAAAUGUUCUACUGUGAGACGCUUUGUGGAUACGGCCCCGGGAGUUUCUUCUGACCAACUAGACCUAUGGCCUGGAUUAUUUCCUUCUGGUCAUAUGGUCAGGUAGAACUCCUGGAUCCUAGUCCUUGCAAAAGAGAAUUGAUUCUUAAUCCCACCUGUUUGAAUGAACAUUAGAUUGGCUAUUCUUGUUGUAUAACCUACUAUCUGUUGUUGCUCUGCAGGACGGUGGGUGAGGUGGUGUCAGGUGUGGUGUGUAAGGUAUUCAACCAGCCUAAGGCGCGGGCCAAAGAGCUGGGCUCAGACAUCUGCCUCAUGUACAUAGAGAUUGAGAAAGGCGACACUGUACAGGAGGAGCUCAUUAAAGGAUUAGAGAACAAGAACCCGAAAAUAGUCGUCGCUUGUGUGGAGACCAUACGCAGAGCACUCUGGUGAGACAGAGCUGGAGCAGUAGAGAAGGAAGUGUCCUUCUCCCUUAUCCUAGAUAAGUACUAAAUACUGGUACUUUUAAAUACUGUUAAUGAUUGCGAAGAUGUGACAUGUUGGGUCUUUUACCAAAGACAACACACACAUGCCCAAUUUUGGGAUUAAGACCUGCUCAUGUCUUGCAUGUACAACCUGCUUUGAUUUAAAUGUAACUCAAAACAAAAAUGAAACUUAAUUAAUAUGCUUAUCUGCCUCCCCAGUGAAUUUGGAUCCAAGACUGUGACCCUAAAGCCCAUAGUUAAAGUGUUGCCAAAGCUCUUUGAGUCCAGAGAAAAGGCAGUCCGAGAUGAGGCCAAACUGCUGGCUGUGGAGGUCUACAGGUGGAUCAGGGACUCACUAAGAUCUCCUCUUCAAAACAUAAACUCUGUACAGGUGAGGGUUAAGGGUCGAUCCAAAACAUGGUAUUUCAUCAUUACCUGAAUGCGAAGAGUGGACCAGCGUUGUCGCUGUAUAUUGGAAAGUCUUCUAAGAUGUCUUUGAACAGUAUUUUGGAUAGAAUCUCUCAGGACAUCUUUGCUGUAGGGCAGGGUUUCCCAAACUCAGUCCUGGGGCCCCUCCUGGGUGCAUGUUUUGGUGUUUGCCCUAGCACUACACAGCUAAUUCAAAUAAUCAAAGCUUGAUGGAGAGUUGUUUAUUUGAAUCAGCUGUGUAGUGCUAGUGCAAAAACCAAAAUGUGCACCGGGGGUGUUUAAAGCUGCAAUAUUUAACUUUGUAGGCGACCCGACCAAAUUCACAUAGAAAUGUUAGUUAUAGAUCUGUUCUGUGCGCUAUUUAUGUUUCCCGUUUUAAGUAUCGUUUUUGCUUCUUACUUUCGGUAUUGUACACCAGCUGAAAAUACAAUAUUUUUGGUUAUGGAAAAUACAUUUCACAGUGGUUUAGAUGGUGUAAGGAUUUUCUACACAAUGACUACUUGUUUCAAUGACUACUAUUUUGAAUUUUAGCAACCAGGAAAUUGUGAUUUUUGCAUACUGCACCUUUUAAUAAGUUUUCGUCUUGGUUACUCACUAUGCUGGGGAAUUCAGACUUCUUUCCUGUGAAGGCCCUUUUGCUUUUGACAAACUUGAUAAUUGUUGGGAGUGGUGUUUUUAUACAAUAGCCCUUUUUUGUAACUAUGUAUCUGCAAACAAGCAUGCACCACUCUGCCUGUGUUGUAUAUGUCCCCAGUUGAAGGAGCUGGAGGAGGAGUGGGUGAAGGUGCCGUCGUCGGCCCCCAGACAAAGUCGUUUCCUACGCUCCCAGCAGGACCUGAGGGCCAAGUUUGAGGAACAGCAGGCCGAGGCAGGGUCCGACGGAGACUGUGAGGACGUAGCAGACUCUGCUCCUCAGGUCGACCCCUAUGAGCUUCUGGACCCAGUGGAGAUCCUCUCCAAACUGCCCAAAGACUUCUACGAGAAGAUUGUAAGCACCUACCUUACUGAACAUGUUGGAUGUAUUACAAGGUGCCUAUGGCCGUUAGAGUUGGGCGGUAUCCAGAUUUUCAUAUUGUCAUACCGUCCUUCUCUCAUCCCGGCAUUUACGGUAUUAUCGGCUUAGUACACAAGGUUUGCGCGGUUAUAUUUUGUUUGCUGACCCCAUAGGCCCGAAGUGCUGACCGUAGUCUAAGAUAUAGAAAGAAUGACGACCCUUGCAAAUCAAGAUGAAGUUCCUGAAAACUAAGAAGAGCCUUUAAGUUGAAUAUGUCCCCUAGAUUAUUGACCCCUUUUCCAGACCAGGCUCUAGACUCAAAAGGUUUAUUACCGGAAGUAAUUUCCAGUUACCACCUACUCACUUCUCAACCUUCCUAAAAUUCUCUGUUGUAUUAGAAAUAAUAGGACCAAAAUAUAGCAUGGAUUUCUUAUUAGAUAUACCAGAAAAUAGCAUAUCCUGCAAUCUAGUAGGUGAAACAAGUUAUUUCUCAAUAGUUCUCCAAGAGACUGAUGUAGACUGAUCAAACCAUGCUCUAAGUGGGCGUAACUGGAAAGACUGGUGGUAAAAAGGUAAUGCAAGGAAGGGCACCAUUACACUUCUGUCAUUGUAACACCUCAAACCUAAUCUUUGGAUGUUUGCCAUUCCAAAGGUAUUUACGUAUUCGUUUAUCAAUCAUUCCCCAAUAGCCUACUGGUUGAGGGAGUGGGAUCAUCAUGCUCAGGAAACUAAAGCUCUGUCAGGUUGGAUGGGGAGCGUUGCUGCACAGCUAUUUACAGGUCUCUCCAGAGAUGUUUGAUCGGGUUCAAGUCCGGGCUCUGGCUGGGCCACUCAAGGACAUUCAGAGACUUGUCCCGAAGCCACUCCUGCGUUGUCUUGGCUGUGUGCUUAGGGUUGUUGUCCUGUUGGAAGAUGAACCUUUUCCCCAGUCUGAUGUCCUGAGCGCUCUGGAGCAGGUUUUCAUCAAGGAUCUCUCUGUACUUUGCUCCGUUCAUCUUUGCCUCGAUCCUGACUAGUCUCCCUGCAGCUGAAAAACAUCCCCACAGCAUUACGCUGCCACCACCGUGCUUCGCGGUAGGGAUGGUUCCAGGUUUCCUCCAGACGUGAUGCUUGGCAUUCAGGCCAAAGAGUUGAAUCUUGUUUUCAUCAGACCAGAGAAUCUUGUUUCUCAUGGUCUGAGAGUCUAGGUGCCUUUUGGCAAACUCCAAGCAGGCUGUCAUGUGCCUUUUUUACUGAGGAGUGGCUUCCAUCUGGCCACUCUACCAUAAAGGCCUGAUUGGUGGAGUGCUGCAGAGAUGGUUGUCCUUCUGGAAGGUUCUCCCAUCUCCACAGAGGAGCUCUGUCAGAGUGACCAUCGAGUUCUUGGUCAACUCCCUGACCAAGAACCUUCUCCCCCGAUUGCUCAGUUUGGCCGGGCGGCCAGCUCUAGGAAGAGUCUUGGUAGAUCCAAACGUCUUCCAUUUAAGAAUGAUGGCGGCCACUGUGUUCUUGGGGACCUUCAAUGCUGCAGAAAUUCUUUGGUACCCUUCCCCAGAUCUGUGCCUUGACACAAUCCUGUCUCGGAGCUCUAUGCACAAUUCCUUCGACCUCAUGGUUUGGUUUUGCUCUGACAUGCACUGUCAACUGUGGGACCUUAUAGACGGGCGUGUGCCUUUCCAAAUCAUUCCCAAUCUAUUGAAUUUUCCACAAGUGGACUCCAAUCAAGUUGUAGAAACAUCUCAAGGAUUAUCAGUGGAAACAGGAUGCACCUGAGCUCAAUUUCGUGUCGCAUAGCAAAGGAUCUGAAUACUUACAGUUGAAGUCGGAAGUUUACAUACACUUAGGUUGGAGUCAUUAACUCGUUUUUCAACCACUCCACAACUUUCUUGUAAAGAAACUAUAGUUUUGGCAAGUUGGUUAGGACAUCUACUUUGUGCAUGACACAUACAAUUGUUUACAGACAGAUUAUUUCACUUAUAAUUCACUGUAUCACAAUUCCAGUGGGUCAGAAGUGUACAUAAACUAAGUUGACUGUGCCUUUUUUAAACAGCUUGGAAAAUUCCAGAAAAUGAUGUCAUGUCUUUAGAAGCUUCUGAUAGGCUAAUUGACAUUAUUUGAAUCAAUUGGAGGUGUACCUGUGGAUGUAUUUCAUGGCCUAACUCAGUGCCUCUUUUUUCUUGACAUCAUGGGAAAAUCAAAAGAUUUCCAGACCUCAGAAAAAUUAUUGUAGACCUCCACAAGCCUGGUUCAUCCUUUGGAGCAAUUUCCAAACGCCUGAAAGUACAAUGUUCAUCUGUACAAACAAUAGUACGCAAGUAUAAACACCAUGGGACCACACAGCAGUCAUACCGCUCAGGAAGGAGACGCGUUCUGUCAAAGUGCAAAUCAAUCCCAGAACAACAGCAAAGGAACCUGUGAAGAUGGUAGAGGAAACGGGUACAAAAGUAUCUAUAUCCACAGUAAAACAAGUCUUAUAUCGACAACCUGAAAGGCCGCUCAGCAAGAAAGAAGCCACUGCUCCAAAUCAGCCAUAAAAAAGCCAGACUACGGUUUGGAGAAAUGUCCUCUGGUCUGAUGAAACAAAAAUAGAACUGUUUGGCCAUAAUGACCAUCGUUAUGUUUGGAGAAAAAAGGGGUAGCAUGCAAGCUGAAGAACACCAUCCCAACCAUGACGCAUGGGGGUGGCAGUAUCAUGCUUUGGGGGUACUUUGCUGCAGGAGGGACUGGUGCACUUCACAAAAUAGAUGGCAUCAUGAGGAAGGAAAAUUAUGUGGAUAUAUUUAAGCAAUCUAAGACAUCAGUCAGGAAGUUAAAGCUUGGUCACAAAUGGGUCUUCCAAAUGGACAAUGACCCUAAGCAUACUUCCAAAGUUAUGGCAAAAUGGCUUAAGGACAACAAAGUCAAGGUAUUGGAGUGGCCAUCAAAAAGCCCAGACCUAAAUCCUAUAGAACAUUUGUGGGCAGAACUGAAAAAGCGUGUGCGAGCAAGGAGGCCUUCAAACCUGACUCAGUUACACCAGCUCUGUCAGGAGGAAUGGGCCAAAAUUCACCCAACUUAUUGUGGGACGCUUGUGGAAGGCUACGCAAUACGUUUGACCCAAGUUAAACAAUGCUACCAAAUACUAAUUGAGUGUAUGUAAACUUCUGACCCACUGGGAAUGUGAUGAGAAAUAAAAGCUGAAAUAAAUCAUUCUCUCUGCUAUUAUUCUGACAUUUUCACAUUCUUAAAAUAAAGUGGUGAUCCUAACUAACCUAAGACAGGGAACUUUUACUACGAUCAAAUGUCAGGAAUUGUGUAAAACUGAGUUUAAAUGUAUUUGGCUAAGGUGUAUGUAAACUUCCGACUUCAACUGUAUGCAUUUCUGUUUUUUUUAUUUUUAAUAAAUAUGUAAACAUUUCUAAAAGCCGGUUUUGACUUUGUCAUUGUGGGGUACUGUGUGUAGUUUGCUGAAGAUGUUUUUUUAUUUAAUCAAUUUUAGAAUAAGGCUGUAACGUAACAAAAUGUUGAAAAAGUCAAGGGUUCUGAAUACUUUCCGAAGGCACUGAAUACAGGAGGAAAAUAUCUGCGUAUACAGUGGUUCUUCCUUUAAAAGUUUCGAGCUUAUGCCGCGUCCAUUUGUGGUAGUGAGCCUGAGUGGCGCAGUGGUCUAAGGCACUAGCAGUGCUAACUGUGCCACUAGAGAUCCUGGUUCGAAUCCAGGCUCUGUCGCAGCCGGCCGCGACCGGGAGGCACAUGGGCGGCGCACAAUUGGCCCAGCGUCGUCCAGGGUAGGGGAGGGAAUGGCCGGCAGGGAUGUAGCUCAGUUGAUAGAGCAUGGCGUUUGCAAUGCCAGGGUUGUGGGUUCGAUUCCCACGGGGGGCCAGUAUAAAAAAAAUAAUGUAUUCACUAACUGUAAGUCGCUCUGGAUAAGAGCGUCUGCUAAAUGACUAAAAUGUAAUGUAAUGUAAAAUGUAGUGGCAGGUGGUGGUAAAUUGCGUCACUGUCAUUGCACCACACUUCACCAGAGGGAGUUAGAGCGCUGAUCUAUCGGUAGUCUAAACUGUGGCACAAGUCUUCGUAAAUUAAUGGAAUUGUUUUUUGUCCUUGAGUCUCUCUUCUCUGGCACUAGAGUCCUGCAUCAGGCAAAACAUAUAUACACUGCUCAAAAAAAUAAAGGGAUCACUUAAACAACACAAUGUAACUCCAAGUCAAUCACACUUCUGUGAACUCAAACUGUCCACUUAGGAAGCAACACUGAUUGACAAUAAAUUCCACAUGCUGUUGUGCAAAUGGAAUAGACAACAGGUGGAAAUUAUAGGCAAUUAGCAAGACACCCCCCAAUAAAGGACUGGUUUUGCAGGUGGUGACCACAGACCACUUCUCAGUUCCUAUGCUUCCUGGCUGAUGUUUUGGUCACUUUUGAAUGCUGGCGGUGCUUUCAUUCUAGUGGUAGCAUGAGACGGAGUAUACAACCCACACAAGUGGCUCAGGUAGUGCAGCUCAUCCAGGAUGGCACAUCAAUGCGAGCUGUGGCAAGAAUGUUUGCUGUGUCUGUCAGCGUAGUGUCCAGAGCAUGGAGGCGCUACCAGGAGACAGGCCAGUACAUCAGGAGACGUGGAGGAGGCCGUAGGAGGGCAACAACCCAGCAGCAGGACUGCUACGUCCGCCUUUGUGCAAGGAGGAGCAGGAGGAGCACUGCCAGAGCACUGCAAAAUGACCUCCAGCAGGCCACAUAUGUGCAUGUCUGCUCAAACGGUCAGAAACAGACUCCAUGAGGGUGGUAUGAGGGCCCGACGUCCACAGGUGGGGUUGUACUUAAAGCCCAACACCGUGCAGGACGUUUGGCAUUUGCCAGAGAACACCAAGAUUGGCAAAUUCGCCACUGGCGCCCUGUGCUCUUUACAGAUGAAAGCAGGUUCACACUGAGCACAUGUGACAGACGUGACAGAGUCUGGAGACGCCGUGGAGAACGUUCUGCUGCCUGCAACAUCCUCCAGCAUGACCGGUUUGGCGGUGGGUCAGUCAUGGUGUGGGGUGGCAUUUCUUUGGGGUCCGCACAGCCCUCCAUGUGCUCGCCAGAGGUAGCCUGACUGCCAUUAGGUACCGAGAUGAGAUCCUCAGACCCCUUGUGAGACCAUAUGCUGGUGCGGUUGGCCCUGAGUUCCUCCUAAUGCAAGACAAUGCUAGACCUUAUGUGGCUGGAGUUUGUCAGCAGUUCCUGCAAGAGGAAGGCAUUGAUGCUAUGGCCCGCCCGUUCCCCAGACCUGAUUCCAAUUUAGCACAUCUGGGACAUCAUGUCUCGCUCCAUCCACCAACCCCCCGUUGCACCACAGACUGUCCAGGAGUUGGCGGAUGCUUUAGUCCAGGUCUGGGAGGAGAUCCCUCAGGAGACCAUCCGCCACCUCAUCAGGAGCAUGCCCAGGCGUUGUAGGGAGGUCAUACAGGCACGUGGAGGCCACACACACUACUGAGCCUCAUUUUGACGACAUUACAUCAAAGUUGGAUCAGCCUGUAGUGUGGUUUUCCACUUUAAUUUUGAGGGUGACUCCAAAUCCAGACCUCCAUGGGUUGAUAAAUUUGAUUUCCAUUGAUCAUUUUUGUGUGAUUUUGUUGUCAGCACAUUCAACUAUGUAAAGAAAAUAGUAUUUAAUAAGAUUAUUUCAUUCAUUCAGAUCUAGGAUGUGUUAUUUUAGUGUUCCCUUUAUUUUUUUGAGUAGUGUAUGUAGCUGGCGGUGGUCCUGGAGUUGAGAGAGAACUUAGCUUUAAUUCCCCCAUUGUAUUUACCUAACAUGUGGACUGAUGAUUUUUGAAAAAUAGGCACGUGGGCUUUUGGUUUCUCUCCCUCUAAAAACAUAAAUCAUUCUAAAUAACAAACUGGCUUAAUUUACCACAGUGUGAAAGACUGAUAGCCCCUCUAUAUAAAGUGAGUUUCUGAAACACCGAGUCCUUCUUUGCUGAUGUGAAGAAGAAACGUAAUGAAAGAAUCCAGCGAGGAUUUGUCAGCAUAAAGCUGAGUGACUCACUCAUGGUGAUAUUAGAGGAAGAUUUAAUCAGUAUAGGAGAAGAAAUUACAUUCUGCCUUAGAUGUUGUGCUGAAGGCUCUAGCGACAAAAUGAAAAACUUUGGGGAUAGGCAGUCUCCUUGUCUACAUCCCCGAAAAAUAGGGAAUGGACUUGAGUGUAUGCCAUUUAGUAAAAACCAUAGCAACAGGGUUAGCAUAUAACAGAAACCAUAUCGAUAAAAUUAUUUCCCAAACCAAAUUAAUCCAAGACCACAAGUACUGCCAUUCAAGCCUGUCAAAAUCAUUCUCGGCAUCUAGAGACAGCACACUGUCCAGCUGUUUUGUUUCAUGUACACUACCGUUCAGAAGUUUGGGGUCACUUAGAAAUGUCCUUGUUUUUGAAAGUAAAGCAAUUUUUUUUGUCCAUUUUAAAAUUAUAUCAAAUUGAUCAGAAAUACAGUGUAGACAUGGUUAAUGUUGUAAAUGUGUAUUGUAGCUGGAAACGGCAGAUUUUUAAUGGAAUAUCUACGUAGGCGUACAGAGGCCCAUUAUCAGCAACCAUCAGUCCUGUGUUCCAAUGGCAUGUUGUGUUUGCUAAUCCAAUUGUAUCAUUUUAAAAGGCUAAUUGAUCAUAAGAAAACCCUUUUGCAAUUAUGUUAGCACAGCUGAAAACUGUUGUGCUGAUUUAAAGAAGCAAUAAAACAGGCCUUCUUGAGACGAGUUGAGUAUCUGGAGCAUCAGCAAUUGUGGGUUCAAUUACACGAUCAAAAUGGCCAGAAACCAAGAACUUUCUUCUGAAACUCGUCAGUCUGUUCUUGUUCUGAGAAAUGAAGGCUAUUCCGUGCGAGAAAUUGCCAAGAAACUGAAAAUCUCAUACAACGCUGUGUACUACUCCCUUCACAGAACAGUGCAAACUGGCUCUAACCAGAAUAGAAAGGAGUGGGAGUACCCACCCGGUAUUCCGAUUGCUGCAAAUCCAUGGGUUCAAACAGUGAUAACAUUACCAUAUGUGUUGCUUACUGCAUAAAUGUUUACUAAACAGUACAUUCUAAAUAAUAUGUAGUAGUACACAGUAUGUAAUUUAGUUGUAGUAAACAAGACAUUUCGGACACUGCCUGUCUUCAUAAAAUCUAAUCUUUCCUGCUAAGAUAAGAGCUUACACAAUAAACUAAAGCUAUAGAGCCGAUACUCUAUUUGUCAUUGUUGUGUAUUGGGCCUGUGGCUGAGCCUCCCUCUCUCUGUCACUGCAGGAGGCAAAGAAAUGGCAGGAGAGGAAAGAGGCCCUGGAAGCCUUGGAGAAGUUGGCUAAACACCCCAAACUGGAUAAUGGAGACUAUGGAGAUGUGGUUCGAGCACUCAAAAGGGUAGGCAACUCUUUGGUUAACUCUGAGUGAGUGAAGUUACAGUAUGUGUACAGUGCACUGAAUAGCCACUUAAACUCUGUUUGCCUAUUGUAGGUCAUUGGUAAAGACACAAAUGUCAUGCUGGUGUCUCUAGCUGCAAAAUGCCUGGCUGGAUUGGCCUCUGGUCUCAGGAAGAAGUUUGGGACGUAUGCUGGCCAGGUAAGUUCUCCCUUUAGACAGUGACUGAGAAACUAGAGAUACUUAAGAUUAUUGCUUUAUUGUGCAAGACUCUUCUACAAUGGAAACUGUUUGCUAAUCUCCAAUUUUGACUGAUUUGGUUAUUUAAAAUGUUUAUUUUCCUCAAGGUGGUGCCAACUAUUUUGGACAAAUUUAAGGAGAAGAAACCUGCUGUGGUCCAGUCCCUGCAAGAGGCCAUCAAUGCAGUCUUCCUGACAGUGAGUAGGCCAAUUUUAUUCCCACUGAUGAUCCUUUUGGCUCAUAGCUUGCAAUGCACUUUAAAUCUGUGUCAAUGCAGUAUCUCUUUGGCCGUGGAUCUCAACACAAUGUGUAAUUUACUGUUAAUAAGGUGAAAUAUCUGUUUAUUUAGCAGCUCUCUUCAGUCCUUUGUAUAGGCCUUGUGCUAAUCAAUAGUUCCUGUUUCCUUUCUAUAGUUGCCAUUUGAGAAGCAGGUGUAUGCUAGUCUAGAUGGUCAAUGCAUGUGAUUAUCUGUGGGCAUGUACACCUAUUACUGCAUUUCCUUCACUUAGAAUUUACUACAGCUUUUUAAUGUGGAUAGAUGUUUAUUUAGUCAAACGUAAUUCAAGACUCCAUUAGAGGAGCAAAUCCACCCUUGAUUGAUGGACAGUGGUAAGAGUGAAGAUAUUUGCUUUUUGCAUGGGUCUGAAGUUGGCCAAGGGUAAUUUGUGUGAUUUCCAAGAUGACAAACAAGCCAGCAUAUCUUUCAUAUCUUUUUUUCACUUUAUCCACAACAAAUUGUUGAAUGGUAACAACAACAAAAAAGUAAAAUAGAAAAACAGGGUAAUGGCCUAGUUUGUUCUCCCCCCCCAGACCACUCUCCAGAACCUGAGCGAGGACAUGCUGGCCGUGAUGGACAACAAGAACCCGUCCAUCAAGCAGCAGGCCUCUCUGUUCCUGGCCAGGAGUAUCCGUCUCUCGACCCCCUCCACCCUGCCCAAGAGCCUGCUCAAACCCCUCUGUGUUGCCCUGAUCAAGGUUGGUCUGAUCUCAACCAUCCUAUAGGCUUCUAACUGUACAUGUCCACUGGGGGAAAAUAUUUUGUAAACACGCAAUGAUCAGAGUUAAACAUGACAAAUGUUCACAAAAUAAAGGUUAUUGGUCGGUCGGGUGAAGUAUUAUACACCCAGUGGGGAAAAAAAGUAUUUAGUCAGCCACCAAUUGUGCAAGUUCUCCCAUAUAAAAAGAUGAGAGAGGCCUGUAAUUUUCAUCAUAGGUACACGUCAACUAUGACAGACAAAUUGAGAAAAAAAAUCCAGAUAAUCACAUUGUAGGAUUUUUUAUGAAUUUAUUUGCAAAUUAUGGUGGAAAAUAAGCAUUUGGUCACCUACAAACAAGCAAGAUUUCUGGCUCUCACAGACCUGUAACUUCUUCUUUAAGAGACUCCUCUGUCCUCCACUCGUUACCUGUAUUAAUGGCACCUGUUUGAACUUGUUAUCAGUAUAAAAUACACCUGUCCACAACCUCAAAGUCACACUCCAAACUCCACUAUGGCCAAGACCAAAGAGCUGUCAAAGGACACCAGAAACAAAAUUGUAGACCUGUACCAGGCUGGGAAGACUGAAUCUGCAAUAGGUAAGCAGCUUGGUUUGAAGAAAUCAACUGUGGGAGCAAUUAUUAGGAAAUGGAAGACAUACAAGACCACUGAUAAUCUCCCUCGAUCUGGGGCUCCACGCAAGAUCUCACCCUGUGGGGUCAAAAUGAUCACAAGAACGGUGAGCAAAAAUCCCAGAACCACACGGGGGGACCUAGUGAAUUACCUGCAGAGAGCUGGGACCAAAGUAACAAAGCCUACCAUCAGUAACACACUACGCCGCCAGGGACUCAAAUCCUGCAGUGCCAGACGUGUCCCCCUGCUUAAACCAGUACAUGUCCAGGCCCGUCUGAAGUUUGCUAGAGUGCAUUUGGAUGAUCCAGAAGGGGAUUGGGAGAAUGUCAUAUGGUCAGAUGAGAACCUUGUGAAGACUUACAGAAAACGUUUGACCUGUGUCAUUGCCAACAAAGGGUAUAUAACAAAGUAUUGAGAAACUUUUGUUAUUGACCAAAUACUUAUUUUCCACCAUAAUUUGCAAAUAAAUUCAUUUUUCCUAAUUUUGUCUGUCAUAGUUGACGUGUACCUAUGAUGAAAAUUACAGGCCUCUCUCAUCUUUUUAAGUGGGAGAACUUGCACAAUUGGUGGCUGACUAAAUACUUUUUUUCCCCCACUGUGUGUGUGUGUGUAUAUAUAUAUGUAUAUAUAUAUAUAUAUAUGUAUAUAUAUAUAUAUAUAUAUAUAUAUAUAUAUAUAUAUAUAUAUAUAUAUAUAUAUAUAUAUAUAUAUAUAUAUAUAUAUAUAUUUAAAGGUGUGUAUAUACAAGUUCUAAAUUUGCUUUGAGUAGUUUGUGACCCUAGGGUGGCAACGCAUACAUUCUAAGUGGUUUCAAUGGGUCUUUCUACAUUCUGAUUGUUUUAUACUGUUCAAUUAAACUUCAACCAAAAAUAAUUUAUUUCUGCAUUUCCUGCACUCAUUUGAGAUGAUUUCCACACUGCCACGUAGGACUGCAUGAUAUGGGCAAACAAUAUAGGCCUUAUAUUUACACUUGGGUGAAUUGUUGGAAUCAUGGAAAUAGAAUGAUUAUUACUUUGAAUUCAGUGUUUGACAUGACAAUGAAUGAAAAUGCCAUGGAGGAGUUAUUGUGACAGGGUACGAACCUAGGUGAGCCUAUAAUCUUUGGCUACAUUCAAUGUUUUCUCUUAGCUACUUCAUAUCGGUAACAUAUUCAUGCUUCGUGUAUUCCUCUUUGAUUUAGAAGAUACUCUUGCACAAACAUGCAGAUUUAGGUCUACACCAUCACUGAUAUUAUCAGGCUGUAUAGCUAAUUACGUUUGCUCUGACUCAGUACGUUUAUUAGCUAGCUAGCAAUUAGUAUUAGUGGCUAACACAAUUUAGGUCCGACUUGCUAAGAAAAUACAUACUAGCUGUUUGCAGAUGUAAGAAACACGAACUAAUAGUGUAAUUAUAGAACGCUAGUGGAUUUACAUUAAGAAGCAAAGUGAAUAAAGCAUUGUUGUCAUCAACAUUGUUGCAUGUGCUUCAUUGACCAGACUGAACACAAGUCUCGUGGUCGAGGAACAACAAAUGCGCUCCUUGAGUGACGGGGCGGGGCUAGGUCUGUGUGGAAAGCGGCAUGGUGGGAGCGGAGAGAGAUGACUCGAGUAGUGAAGUAAACUAUAAAAAUGGACGUUACACACCGCGUAUCCCAUUUUAACAAACCAAACAUUCAAAUACCGUUAUAGAAGGUAAAGUAAAAACCCAAACCAGUCAGUGCAUCAAUACUGGUAUAUCGUAAAAUACUUAUUUUACACUUAUUUCUAUAAAUCCCCAUUUGAAUAUGGAUAUGGCUCUGUCUGAAUGUAUGACAUAUUGUUGGUUGUUUCUUCUUCAUGGCAGCAAGUGAAUGACCCUGCCCCAGAGGUGAGAGAUGCUGCGUUCGAGGCUCUAGGCACGGCCAUGAAGGUGGCGGGAGAGAAGGCUGUUAACCCCUUCCUGGCAGACCUCGACAAACUCAAGCUUGACAAGGUGAGGGUGUGUGUGUGUGUGUGUGUGUGUGUGUGUGUGUAUACACUACCGUUCAAAAGUUUGCGGUCACUUUGACAUUUCCUUGUUUUCAAAAGAAAAGCAAUUUUGUUGUCCAUUUAAAAUAACAUCAAAUUGAUCAGAAAUACAGUGUAGACAUUAUUCAUGUUGUAAAUGUCUUGUAGCUGGAAACGGCAGAUUUUUUAUGGAAUAUCUACAUAGGCGUACAGAGGCCCAUUAUCAACAACCAUCAGUCCUGUGUUUCAAUGGCACGUUGUGUUUGCUAAACCAAGUUUAUCAUUUUAAAAGGCUAAUUGAUCAUUAGAAAACCCUUUUGCAAUUAUGUUAGCACAGCUGAAAACUGUUGUGCUGAUUUUAAAGAAGCAAUAAAACAGGCCUUCUUGAGACGAGUUGAGUAUCUGGAGCAUCAGCAAUUGUGGGUUCGAUUACAGGCUCAAAAUGGACAGAAACAAUAACUUUCUUCUGAAACUCGUCAGUCUAUUCUUGUUCUGAGAAAUGAAGGCUAUUCCAUGCGAGAAAUUGCCAAGAAAAUGAAGAUCUCGUACAACGCUGUGUACUACUCCCUUCACAGAACAGCGUAAACUGGCUCUAACCAAAAUAGAAAGAGGAGUGGGAGGCCCCGGUGCACAACUGAGCAAGAGGACAAAUACAUUAGUGUCUAGUUUGAGAAACCGAUGCCUCACAGGUCCUCAACUGACAGCUUCAUUAAAUAGUACCCGCAAAACACCAGUCUCAACGUCAACAGUGAAGAGGCGACUCCGGGACAGACGAAUCGAAGUUUGAGGUGGUCGGAUCACAAAGAAGAACAUUUGUGAGAUGCAGACUAAAUUAAAAGAUGCUGGAGGUGGUAAUAUGUAUGUAUGUAUGCAUGUAUGCAUGUAUGCAUGUAUGUAUGCAUGUAUGCAUGUAUGCAUGUAUGCAUGUAUGUAUGCAUGCAUGCAUGCAUGCAUGCAUGCAUAUGCUGGCUGGCUCUAGUAAAAAUUAAGAGACCACUGCACAUUUUUCUUCAAUCACCAUCUCUACAUGUAUGACUUCCAUUCCAGUGUCUGUUGAAUUCCAACAAAGGCACACCUCAUUCUACUGAAUUAGGUACUGAUUAGGUGAUCACCUGAACCAAAUGUUAUUUAACGAGGAAAAGUAUAAAAACCACUGCUGUGGUCAUCACUGUCCUCUUGCAAUAGGACCAGGAGGAUGGCAAAACAGUGCUAAUAGUACCUCAAAUGGAAUAUUAAUCAAAAAAUAACUAUUGACCAUGCCAAAAGGGUUGAAAAGGAAAGUUUCGAGGUAGGAAAAGAAGGGUUCAAUUCUGUCUUUACUGGCAGAGAGAUACAGUGAGCGUCAGGUUGCUUCCAUCCUUAAAAUUUCAAAGACGGCGGUUCAUAAGAACAAGGUCAAGCAGCAGACAUUGGGGACAACAAAGCUACAGACCGGCAGAGGGCGAAAACGACUCUACUGACCGGGAUGACCGCCAACUCAUUCGAAUGUCACUCAACAACUGUAGGAUGACAUCGAGUGACCUACAAAAAGAAUGGCAAACGGCAGCUGGGAUGAAGUGUAUGGCGAGGACGGCUCGAAACAGGCUCCUAGGGGCAGGGCUGAAGUCGUGCAAAGCUAGAAAAAAGCCCUUCAUCAAUGAGAAGCAAAGAAGACCCAGGCUGAGGUUUGCAAAAGACCAUAAGGAUUGGACCGUAGAGGACUGGAGUAAGGUGAUAUUCUCUGAGGAGUCCAAUUUUCAGCUUUGCCUAACACCUGGUAGUCUAAUGGUUAGACGGAGACCUGGAGUGGCCUACAAGCCACAGUGUCUCGCACCCACUGUGAGAUUUGGUGGAGGAUCGAUGAUCUGGGGGUCCUUCAGCAAUGCUGGAAUCAGGCAGAUUCGUAUUUGUGAAGGAUGCAUGAAUCAAGCCACGUACAAGGUUGUCCUGGACGAAAACGUGCUUCCUUUUGCUCUGACAUUGUUCCCCAACUCUGAGGAUUGUUUUUUCCAGCAGGACAAUGCGCCAUGCCACACAGCCAGGUCAAUUAAGGUGUGGAUGGAGGACCACCAGAUCAAGACCCUGUCAUGGCCAACCCAAUCUCCAGACCUGAACCCCAUUGUAAACUUCUGGAAUGUGAUCAAGAGGAAGAUGGAUGGUCACAAGCCAUCAAACAAAGCCGAGCUGCUUGAAUUUUUGCGCCAGGAGUGGCAUAAAGUCACCCAACAUCAAUGUGAAAGGCUGGUUGAGAGCAUGCCAAGACGCAGGGUUAUUCCACCAAAUAUUGAUUUCUGAACUCUUCCUAAGUUAAAACAUUAGUAUUGUGUUGUUUAAAAAUGAACAUGAACUUAAUAUAUUGGCAUUAUUCGAGGUCUAACAACACUAUCAUUUUUGUUAUUUUGACCAGUUUUCAUUUUCUGCAAAUAAAUGCUCUAAAUGACAAUAUUUUUAUUUGGAAUUUGGGAUAAAUGUUGUCAGUAGUUUAUAGAACAAAACAAAAAUGUUAAUUUCACCCAAACACAUACCUAUAAAUAGUAAAACCAGAGAAACGUAAACGUUUGCUGUGGUCUCUUAAUUUUUUCCAGAGCUGUGUAUGUGUGUAUAUACACACACACACACACCUGCUCGCACUCACUCACUCACUCACUCACUCACUCACUCACUCACUCACUCACUCACUCACUCACACACAUUGCCUUUGGAAAGUAUUCAGACCCCUUGACUUUUUCCACAUUUUGUUACGUUACAGCUUAUUCUAAAAUUGAUUAAAUUCUUUUUUUCCCUCAUCAAUCUACACACAUUACCCCAUAAUGACAAAGUAUUACAAAUAAAAAAAUUGAAAUAUCAUCACAUUUACAUAAGUAUUCAGACCCUUUACUCAGUACUUUGUUGAAGCACCUUUUUGCAGCGAUUACAGCCGCGAGUCUUCUUGGGUAUCACGCUACAAGCAUGGCACACCUGUAUUUGGUGAGUUUCUCCCAUUUGUUCUCUGCAGAUCCUCUCAAGCUCUGUCAGGUUGGAUGGGGAGCGUCGCUGCACAGCUAUUUACAGGUCUCUCCAGAGAUGUUUGAUCGGUUUCAAGUCCGGGCUCUGGCUGGGCCACUCAAGGACAUUCAGAGACUUGUCCCAAAGCCACUCCUGCAUUGUCAUGGCUGUGUGCUUAGGGUUGUUGUCCUGUUGGAAAGGUGAACCUUUGCCCCAGUCUGAUGUCCUGAGCGCUCUGGAGCAGGUUUUCAUCAAGGAUCUCUCUGUACUUUGCUCCGUUCAUCUUUGCCUCGAUCCUGACUAGUCUCCCAGUCCCUGCAGCUGAAAAACAUCCCCACAGCAUGAUGCUGCCACCACGUGCCUCACGGUAGGGAUGGUGCCAGGUUUCCUCCAGACGUGAUGCUUGGCAUUCAGGCCAAAGAGUUUAAUCUUGUUUGUCAUGGUCUGAGAGUCUAGGUGCAUUUUGGCAAACUCCAAGCAGGCUGUCAUGUGCCUUUUACUGAGGAGUGGCUUCCGUCUGGCCACUCUACCAUAAAGGCCUGAUUGGUGGAGUGCUGCAGAGAUGGUUGUCCUUCUGGAAGGUUCUCCCAUCUCCACAGAGGAGCUCUGUCAGAGUGACCAUCGAGUUCUUGGUCACCUCCCUGACCAAGGACCUUCUUCCCCAAUGGCUCAGUUUGGCCGGGCGGCCAGCUCUAGGAAGAGUCUUGGUGGUUCCAAACUUCUUCCAUUUAAGAAUGAUGGUGGCCAAUGUGUUCUUGGGGACCUUCAAUGCUGCAGAAAUUAUUUGGUACCCUUCCCUAGAUCUGUGCUUCAACACAAUCCUGUCUCGGAGCUUUAUGGACAAUUCCUUUGACGUCAUGGCUUGCUUUUUGCUCUGACAUGCACUGUUAACUGUGAGACCUUAUAUAGACAGGUACAGUGAGGGGAAAAAAGUAUUUGAUCCCCUGCUGAUUUUGUACGUUUGCCCACUGACAAAGAAAUGAUCAGUCUAUCAAUUUAAUGGUAGGUUUAUUCUCAAGAAAGCACAUAUAUACAUGCCCCUCUGAAGUUUGCCAAUGAACAUCUGAAUGAUUCAGAGGAGAACUGGGUGAAAGUGUUGUGGUCAGAUGAGACCAAAAUUGAGCUCUUUGGCAUCAACUCAACUCGCCGUGUUUGGAGGAGGAGGAAUGCUGCCUAUGACCCCAAGAACACCAUCCCCACCGUCAAACAUGGAGGUGGAAACAUUAUGCUUUGGGGGUGUUUUUCUGCUAAGGGUACAGGACAACUUCACCGCAUCAAAGGGACGAUGGACGGGGCCAUGUACCUUCAAAUCUUGGGUGAGAACCUCCUUCCCUCAGCCAAGGCAUUGAAAAUGGGUCGUGGAUGGGUAUUCCAGCAUGACAAUGACCCAAAACACACGGCCAAGGCAACAAAGGAGUGGCUCAAGAAGAAGCACAUUAAGGUCCUGGAGUGUCCUAGCCAGUCUCCAGACCUUAAUCCCAUACAAAAUCUUUCGAGGGAGCUGAAGGUUCGAGUUGUCAAACGUCAGCCUCAACCUUAAUGACUUGGAGAAGAUCAGCAAAGAGGAGUUGGACAAAAUCCCUCCUGAGAUGUGUGCAAACCUGGUGGCCAACUACAAGAAACGUCUGACCUCUGUGAUUGCCAACAAGGGUUUUUCCACCAAGUACUAAGUCAUGUUUUGCAGAGGGGUCAAAUACUUAUUUCCCUAAUUUAAAAUGCAAAUCAAUUCAUAACAUUUUUGACAUGUGUUUUUCUGGAUUUUUUUGUUAUUCUGUUUCACUGUUCAAAUAAACCUACCAUAAAAAUUGUAGAAUGAUCAUUUCUUUGUCAUUGGGCAAACGUACAAAAUCAGCAGGGGAUCAAAUAGUUUUUUCCCUCACUGUAUGUGCCUUUCAAAAUCAUGUCCAAUCAAUCGAAUUUACCACAGGUGGACACCAAGUUGUAGAAACAUCUCAAGGACGGUCAUUGGAAGCAGGAUGCAUCUGAGCUCAAUUUCGAGUCUCAUAGCAAAGGGUCUGAAUACUUUUGUAAAUAAGGUAUUUCUGUUUUUUAUGUAAUACAUUUGCAAAAAUGUCUAAACCUAUUUUCGCUUUAUCAUUAUGGGGUAUUGUGUGUAGAUUGCUGAGAAAAAUAUUUAAUAUAUUUUAGAAUAAGGCUGUAACGUAACAAAAUGUGUAAAAAGUCAAGGGGUCUGAAUUAUUUCUGAAGGCACUAUUAUCUCCACUGCUAGUAUGGAUAAAUGGUUUUACACUUUUCAGGGCUCCAAACUUUUUCCUCUGGUGCCACUAACAUUUUCAGAUGGUGGCACCAGCCCAUGAUUUGGCCGCACCAAAAUUGAUGCUGCGUCACUUAAUAAAAGGGCAUUAAUUUUACGAUGUUAUUCACUGUGCUACUGAGACGGUAUGAUUCAGGGUAGUGGGUUCGAUCCCCGAGACCACCCAUACACAAAAAUGCAUGCACGCAUGACUGUAAGUCGCUUUGGAUAAAAGCGUCUGCUAAAUGGCUUAUUAUUAUUAUUAUUAUUAAGAAAUAAGUUGAUUUAAACAAGCAGGAAUGCGUGAUCAAUUUAUUCUGAUGUGCAACCUAAACCAGUGAUUGUCAUACAUUUCUGGGUUGACAAUUAGGCUAUUGUUGAUAUAUUUUAAUCUCAAAGUAGGGCUCCAGAAUCGCAGAUUUCUUUUGUUCAAUAGAGAUGAAUUUACUUAACUUUUUUGUACAAAAGUUGGGGCUAGUUCACCAUCUGGGGAAGUUGAGACACAAUACACAUUAGCUAGAUCACUAAAUAUAAUAUGUUGCUUGUUAGCCAUGUAAUUUAUUAAUCUAACAGUACAUUUUAUGUCCUAAAAACAGACUCAUGCUUCCUGCGCUCCGUAUAUCUCAAAGCCACCAGAUACUUUGGUUUAAAACUAAAUGCAUGCUCUUCAAUCGAACGCUGCUGGCACCCGCCCACCCGACUAGAAUCACUACUCUCGACGGGUCUGACCUACAGUAUGUGGACAACUACAAAUACCUAGGUGUCUGGUUAGACUGUGAACUCUCCUUCCAGACUCACAUUAAGAAUCUCCAAUCCAAAGUUAAAUCUAGAAUCGGCUUCGUAUUUCACAACAAAGCCUCCUUCACUCAUGCUGCGAAACAUGCCCUCGUAAAACUGACUAUCCUACUGAUCCUUGACUUCGGCGAUGUCAUUUACAAAAUAGCCUCCAACACUCAACUCAGCAAAUUGGAUGUAGUCUAUCACAGUCCAAUCCGUUUUGUCUCCAAAGCCCCAUACACUACCCACCACUGUGACCUGUAUGCUCUUGUUGGCUGGUCCUCACUACAUGUUCGUCGUCAAACCCACUGGCUCCAGGCCAUCUAUAAAUCACUGCUAGGCAAAUCCCCGCCUCAUCUUAGCUCAUUGGUCACCAUAGCAGCACCCACCCGUAGUCUGCGCUCCAGCAGGUAUAUCUCACUGGUCAUCCCCAAAGCCAACACCUCCUUUGGCCGCCAUUCCUUCCAGUUCUCUGCUGCCAAUGACUGGAACGAAUUGCAAAAAUCUCUGAAGCUGGAGACUCUUAUCUCCCUCAAUAACUUUAAGCAUCAGUUGUCAGAGCACCUUACCGAUCACUGCACCUGUACUCAGCCCAUCUGAAAUUAGCCACCCAACUACCUCAUCCCUAUACUGUUAUUUAUUUUGCUCUUUUGCACCCCAGUAUCUCUAUUUGCACAUAAUCUCUUGCACAUCUAGCAUUCCAGUGUUAAUACUAAUUGUAAUUAUUUUGCACUAUAGCCUAUUUAUUGCCUUACCUCCAUAACUUGCUACAUUUGCACACACUGUAUAUAUAUUUUCUACUCUGAGCGCACAGGGAGAAACUGGCACAGGGGCAGACCAGACACUUUCAUGCAGAAGUCAGAAUAUUAUUGCACUGAAGGCUACUGUUUGACCAAAUCAUAGUUUUAGCCACCCCAAAAAUAUAACGUUUUGAGUGAAGUGACCAACUAGAAUUUGCAGCUCACACUGACGCACCCAAUUAAAACAUUAAGCAAAAUAAUCACUCUGGAUCCCUGCUUUUGGUCACUUCCUACCUGCCUUUAUUCAACUUCAAAUAAAAUAGCUGUUGCAGUGCUUUCAGAGCGAGUUUCUUAUGGAAAUAUAUAGUGUUAGUAUUGUUGACAUAUUUCUGAUUUGUUAUCUUUGUUUUAGAGAUAUGUCAUUGUUGUUGCCCUCAGGCCAUCUUGUUGCUCAGAUGGAUAAAAUCCAAGUGUGUUUUCUUAAUGCUAUUUUCCUCUCAAAGAUUAAAGAAAGUGCAGACAAUGUGGAGCUGGCUGAAGGAAAGAAGGGAAGAGGAGCGGAGAAAGUGAAACUUGGUUCCAAGGCGCAGCCACAGUCCGAGGCCCCAGCCAAACCCUCAAGGCCCCCUAAAAAGGCCCCUGUGUCUAAGGUGAGAGGGCGUGACUCUUAUUGUAUGUUUUGUCUCUCCGUAGUGUGUUUGCAUGCCAUGGUGGUCCUUGUCAGGUUUGUUGCACAAAAUGUUUCAAUGUGUCUUUAGAGGGGUUCAAUUGAACUUUAACUUUUUAAAGUUCAUUGUAAUCAUUUUGACUAUAUACAGUACAGUAGAGCAGCUUGUUUUUCACUCUAACCAAUAGAGCUUGAAAACCAGUGAACAAUCCAUGGGAAAGACGCUAGGAGGUAUUUGCAUUAAUGCUUUUCAACACGUUCUUGUGUGAUCCACUAAACCAGUGACCACAGAGUACCUAGAGCCCCAGGGACAGUGUUUCUUUAGCUAAGCACAGAGCUGAGAUGCUUGUAGGGUCUCCUCUUCAUUAAAAGGCUUUGGUCAAAACCAUGAUAGGUGGGGGGUUUAAUGUUGAAGCUGGACAUAUGGACAACCUGCUGGUAAUAUUAGUGCAAUGAAUGCAGUGUGGGACAAUGUAAUCUCUGCUGACUCCCAAAGCAUCUAUGUGGUCAUCUAUGCUGUUUUAUUCUACAGCAGUGGCUCCUCAAUGGUGGGUUGCAGCCAGUGUUUGGUCAUGGCUAAAGGCUGGAUUGUGGUUUUCCUGUUUUUUAAAAUUGCUCUCAAUAUACGUUUUAAAAAUGUUUCCCUAAUGUGUUAUAAAAAUACAAGGAUCUGUUUGUUCAAAAAUCUGGUUUGAUCUGUUGUCUAGGAUGUUAGCGUUGCUAAGAAAGGGAAGCCUGGGGCAGCAGGAGGACCAGGAGCCAAUAGUAAGAAGCCUGCCGAAACCAAAGAGAUCAUGGAGACUGAGCUCUCGGUGAGUACUCACAUCUUAAGUGUCUAUAUAGUCAUCAAUAAAUUACUCAAUAUUAAAUAGAUACAAGUCUCAAAUGACAGCCCAUUCCCCCUAUAGUGCACUAAUAUUUAGCUCUGGAAUAGGGUGUCAUUUGAUACGGCUCAGGUCAAAAGUACGUAUUAACUGUGUUCUCAGGUGGAGGUGUGUGAUGAGCUGGCCGCAGCGGUGCUGCCUGCCUCCUGUGUGAAGAUGCUGGACAGCUCCAACUGGAAGGAGAGGCUGGCCAGCAUGGAAGAAUUUUACAAGGUCAGCAGUAUUUAUGUAUUCACUUUCUCGUCGUUGUUUCUACAUCUACUCUCUUACAACAUUCGUUCUCGCAGCAAAAGUCUGCCUAAGAACAGCCCUUGAGUAGCCUUGCACCAGCCUUGGCUUGUGUGAGAGUAGGAAUGGCUCAUAGGAGCAGGAGCAUAUCGCCUGUUUCUGUAUCGUGAGGCAGCUAGACGUACAAGUACACCACCUGGACAGGACGCUGAUCUAUCGCAGGGCCUUACCCCCAAUCUAUCUCCUUAAUGCUGAGUGUCAUCAGGUCUAGGGUUGAAUAUUUUCCUGGUAUUUUACAAAUGUUCCAUCCCGAGAAUAAAUCCCAUUUCUCCUGGGUACCCCGGUAUUUCCCGCCCAAACCCAAAGUGUCAUUCUUCUAAAGCAUAUAAAUAUAUAUACAAAUAUUUUACUGAGUUACAGUUCAUAUAAGGAAAUCAGUCAAUUGAAAUCAAUUAAUUAGGCUCUAAUCUAUGGAUUUCACAUGACUGGGAAUACACAUACCUUAAAAGGUAAGGGCGUGGAUCAGAAAAUCACUCAGUAUCUGAUGUGACUAGGGUUUUGCCGGUCAUGAAAUUUUGUCAGCCGGUGAUUGUCAAGCAAAUAAAUGCUGAUUUCAAGGUAAUUUACUAUUAAUUAACAUAAAUAGUGGGCUCCCGAGUGGCGCAGCGGUCUAAGGCACUGCAUCUCACUGCUUGAGGCCCCCUGGUUCGAUUCCAGGCUGUAUCACAACCGGCCGUGAUUGGGAGUCCCAUAGGGCGGCGCACAAUUGGCCCAGUGUCGUCCGGGUUUGGCCGGUGUAGUCCGUCAUUGUUAAUAAGAAUGUGUUCUUAACUGACUUGCCUAGUUAAAUAAAAUACAAAAUAAAAUAAACACAUUUAGCGUCUCCUGGCUUCCACCCAUAGCCUACAGACCUUUGGAACAUUAAAAAGUCUAAUAAAUCCUUUUAAUAUAGCCUACACCAUCACAAUAAAUCCAUUAUUUUAGACAGGUCUAAAGAAACAUAUGAAGAAAAUGUAGUCUAUUUCAGAAGAACGGAAUAGCAUACUCUGAGUUGUCCUUAUGUUAGGCCCUGAUCCGGCUAUGCCAUAUAGCUGUGGGCUACACUAGUUAAUUUAGCAGACAAUAUUGGCUUAGAAUUCCGUGGCAUUAUUUUAUAGUACGAAGGAUGAAAAAUGUAUGCACUCACUAACUGUAAGUCGCUCUGGAUAAGAGUGUCUGCUAAAUGACUAAAAUGUAAAUAAAAUAAUACAAUUAAACAGCUAAAUAAAAUAGAAAUAAUGUUUUCUCAUUACGAUUUGAGGUAGUGCGUACAUGCGGCGAUUCUGUGAGCGGUUAACAAAAAAACAAGUCCUCCUAUAUGCUUAAUUUAGAGUUAUGUAUGCAAUUUUAGUUGUGAUACAAACGUUGGGCUAUAUGUUUGGAUUUUCAAUACAUUCUAAGGCUGCAUGAUGCGACUAGUGAUUAUUUGAAAAAAGUUGCAUGAAAGGCAUGAGCUCUGCUUUGUUUCUUCCACGUACUUCAUCAGUCUCAUUCACAAUUUGACAAGCACUUGAUAAUGCCUCGAAUUUCCCAGUGGCAUCCCCCUAGUGUGGCUGUAAUGCCCUUUUAAAAAAUCCAUGCCUUUUGCGGCCAGUGGCCGUUGUGCCCUUGGGCUGAAAAUAAUAAUUCCCUUCUCCCGGCUGCAUUUUCCGAAGCGCCUCUCACUCACAUGGCUCCCUCAGAUAUCUCAAUUCUUAGUAGCCAAUGCCCGUCACAUGAUCAGGUUCUUCUCACAGGCAUCUAUCUCAGCUCCGAAGAAGGCUAAAAGUGAAGACUGACACAUCGGGGACGCAACUAAGUGCGUCCUUAUCAAAUUCCGAGGUUCAUAUUGAAGAUGUUAGAACUGUCCACAUUUUACUUUUCGUCAGCCAACAAGAUGAGUAGGCCUAACGAACAGCAAAAGCACUAGCCUAUGUCAAUCUACUAUCCCCCAUAGUACAAAAGUUGACCUAUUCUAUUGGUCAACUUGUCCUUCUGUACGAGAAAUAAAUAUUCCAAACAUACUCUGGGACAGUUGUGGGAUGUGAUAUAUCCCUAAAUUAAUACAACCACUCGCAUCAAAAAAGCAAUGAAGCUGAUGCAGGUAGCUUAGUGGGUAAGAGCGUUGUGCCAGUAACCGAAAGGUCGCUGGUUCUAAUCCCCAAGCUGACUAGGUGAAAAAUCUGUCUAUGUGCCCUUAAGCAAGGCACUUAACCCUAAUUGCUCCUGUAAGUCGCUCUGGAUAAGAGUGUCUGCUAAAUGACAAAAAUGUAAUGUAAAUGUAAUGCAAUAGAUCAGAAUGUUUAGCUUAAAUGUUGAUAAACUAUUAGGCUAUUUCUUCACGUAAGUGCAGCAAUGCGCACGCAGCAGUAGACUACAAGAGCUAAUGUUCCAUAAUACAAUCAAUUAGCGGGAAAACGCCAUUCUCAAAGUGACCACAAAAGCGAUUUUAUGCAUGUAAUGCUUUAUUAUAAAGGUGCAUUUUAUGGUGAAAAUGAUCUUAACCAAACAUGAAACUCGCGCUCCGCCUAUGUCUGCCAGUUAGGCUCUACACCGGUUGUAAAGCGGGUAAUGUGCUUCCAUUUUAGAAGUAAUUUGGCCACUUUAGUUGUGAUACAAACCUUAUCAAAACAUAUAAGCCUUUGGGCUAGGCAACAUGAGGUGUUGGGUUUAUGAUAAAAAAAUAAAAGGCAUGCGCCGUUUCUUGCCUUACUGCAUACAAGCUGGGCAUCAUUCACAAGUCAUAGGCUAAUAUUGUGACCCAUCAGACGAUUCUUGAUUUAAUCUUGUCUUUACAUAUACUAAGUAAUAUAUGUGUGAAAUCAGUUUUGAUUUAAAGUAGACCAUUAUCAUGCCGCUGUCUCAGAACAGGGGCAGGGGAACAAAAUAGUGAAUAGAGGACACUUUGCCCGUGGUUAAUAUUCAUGCUGGCCAGGUAGGCUAUACUCCUGUUGUAAAGCGAAGCAGUGUGCUUAAUAUUAGGGAAGUUGAGAAAUAAAGGUAGUAGGCCUAGCUUAUAGAAAGUUGAUGGGAUCCUCUUUUUUUUAAUAGAGGCCAUCCAAAACUGUUUUCUCGUGCAAUUGCAUAGCCUAUAGAAAUGUUGCUCAACAUGAGCUCAAGGGCUCUCAUGAAGUGAUUUGAUUUAGAUUUUCGAUAACAUCUGCAUUGAUGUCAGAGUGAUUAGAGGGACAAAAAUUAGUGCUUUGUACAAGGCUGUUAGCAAGUUUUGUAGGCUACUAAUGACCAUCAAUAGCAUCAGAGCUUGUAGAAGCCUAGUUACCGUGACUAAACGGUCACGUGGAAUUUGACUGGGGUCAUGACUCUUGACUGCCGGUGUAGUGGUAAUACGGUCACUGUAACAGCCCUAGGUGGUACCACCAUUUGACUCAUGCAGCGCGACACAUCUCCUUCGUAUAGAGUUAAUCAGGCUGUUGAUUGUGGCCUUUGAAAUGUUGUCCCACUCUUCAAUGGCUGUGCGAAGUUGCUGGAUAUUGGUAGGAACUGGAACGCUCCGUCGAUCCAGAGCAUCCCAAACUUGCUCAUUGGGUGACAAGUCUGGUCUGUAUGCAGGCCAUGGAAGAACUGGGACAUUUUCAGCUUCCAGGAAUUCGGUACAGAUCCUAGCGACAAUCUUAGUAACAUGAUACAAAAAUACCCAUCAAAAUCCAUCAGUUUAAGCUAAAAUGUAUUUUUUUGUAUGAGCUCCGUCUCAAUCCACCGCAUCCGCCUAUGUCGCUGCAUCUGCGGUGGAAAAUGCAUUAUCAUGCUGAAACAUGAGGUGAUGGCGGCGGAUGAAUGGCACGACAAUGGGCCUCAGGUUCUCAUCACGGUAUCUCUGUGCACUCAAAUUGCCAUUGAUGAAAUUCAAUUGUGUUCGUUGUCAAUGGCUUAUGCCUGGCCAUACAUAACCCCACCGCCACCAUGCGGCACUCUUCACAAUGUUGACAUCAGCAAAAGUGUAUGUAAUACACGUGGUCUGCGGUUGUGAAGCCGGUUGGACAUGCUGCCAAAUUCUCUAAAACGGUGUUGGAUGCGGCUUAAAAUGAACUUUAAAUUAUCUGGCAACAGCUCUGGUGGACAUUACUGCAAUCAGCCUGCCAAUUGCACGCUCCCUCAACUUGAGACAUCUGUGGGAUUGUGUUGUGACAAAAUUGCUAAUAUUAGUGGCCUUUUGUGCCCAGCACAAGGUGCACCUGUGUAAUGAUCAUGCUGUUUAAUUAGCUUCUUGAUAUGCCACACCUGUUAGGUGGAUGUAUUAUCUUGGCAAAGGAGAAAUGCUCACUUAAUAGGGAUGGAAACAAAUUUGUGCACAACAUUUUAGAUAAAUAAGCUUUUGGUGCGUAUUUCAACUCAUGAAACAUGGGACCAACACUUUACAUGUUGUGUUUAUAUUUUUGUUCAGUGUAUGUCUGGAUUUGAUUAGAGCUUUGACCGUCAUGAAAAUGAAAGCGUGAUGCUACAUAAGUCCGAUGAUCCAUAUAUUAACCCCCUAGAGUCUGACGCACCAGUGCGUCAAUCUUAGUAACAUUAUACAAAAAUAGCCAUCAAAAUCCGUCAGUUUAAGCUAAAAUGUAUUUUUUUGUAUGGGCUCCGUCUCAAUCCACCGCAUCCGCCUAUGUCGCUGCAUCUGCGGUGGAAAGUGGCAGAGCUACAGCGCUGUUUGUCAGACCAGGAGGUGUCCCGAAAAUGUGUCUUCUCACAAAAACGUCUGUAGCUUCGAACGGUUUGGCCUACCACUCUAUACGGAAGACUCUCACGAUGGUGUUCUCCGUUUUGCUCUACGACCCCCACAAGUGUCACGGGACUUGUCUGAAGGUAACCCAUACAAAUGAAUGGAAGUCGUUUUGUGCCAACAAAAAUAAGGGGUUAAAUAUGUUAAAACAUACAUAAUACUUAUUGUGCCUAGGACAGACACAUUCAUAAAUGGCAGUAAGAAAAUCAUGUUUUGAAGUGUCUGUCCUAGGGCCAAGAAGUAUUUUUAUUUUAUAGAUUUUUUUUACACUUUGUUUUUUUUGCCAUUUUUGAAUAUGUUAUUCAAUGCGUUUCUAUGGGCUACAGUAAUAAAGGCCAAAUUGAAUAUUUUAUCCCAAAACAUUUUUGGGAUGCCUAAAGGGUCCUAAAAUAAAAAAUCAAAUAGCUAAAUGAUCCAUGGUAUGACCUUAAAACAAUUCCAUAUGUCAGCUUAAAACUGCAUCUGCAGUUUAAAGAUGCACUAUGCAGAAAUCCCUCCGCCAUUUCCUGGUUGCUAAACUUCUAAUAGUUUGCCUAAUUUCAGUUCUUGUAACAAAACUAGCAAGUAUAGUGCAGUCAUUGUACAAUCUAAACCGAUGUGAAAUAUCUUUCCCAUAACUGAAAAUAUUGUGUUUUCAGCUGUUUUCAAGCUGGUGUACAAAACCGAAAGUAAGACGCAAAAAUGAAACUUAAGCAGGGGAAGCAUUUGAAAUAUAGCACACACAGAACAUACAGUUGAAGUCGGAAGUUUACAUACACCUUAGCCAAAUACAUUUAAACUCAAUUUUUCACAAUUUCUAACAUUUAAUCCUAAUAAAAAUACUUGCUAGUUUUGUCACAAGAACUGAAAUUAGGCAAACUAUUAGAAGUUUAGCAACCAGGAAAUGGCGGAGGGAUUUCUGCAUAGUGCAUCUUUAAACUGCAGAUGCAGUUUUAAGCUGACAUAUGGAAUUGUUUUAAGGUCAUACCAUGGAUCGUUUAGCUAUUUGAUUUUUUAUUUUAGGACCAUUUAGGCAUCCCAAAAAUAUUGUGUUUUCAGCUGUUUUCAAGCUGGUGUACAAAACCGAAAGUAAGACGCAAAAAUGAAACUAAAGCAGGGGAAGCAUUUGAAAUAUAGCACACACAGAACAUACAGUUGAAGUCGGAAGUUUACAUACACCUUAGCCAAAUACAUUUAAACUCAAUUUUUCACAAUUUCUGACAUUUAAUCCUAAUAAAAAUUCCCUGUCUUAGGUCAGUUAGGACCACCACUUUAUUUUAAGAAUGUGAAAUGUCAGAAUAAUAGUAGAGAAUGAUUUAUUUCAGCUUUUAUUUCUUUCAUCACAUUCCCAGUGGGUCAGAAGUUUACAUACACUCAAUUAGUAUUUGGUAGCAUUGCCUUUACAUUGUUUAACUUGGGUAAAACGUAUCGGGUAGCAUUCCACAAGCUUCCCACAAUAAAUUUGGUGAAUUUUGGCCCAUUCCUCCUGACAGAGCUGGUGUAACUGAGUCAGGUUUGUAGGCCUCCUUGCUCGCACACGCUUUUUCAGCUCUGCCCACACAUUUUCUAUAGGAUUGAGGUCAGGGCUUUGUGAUGGCCACUCCAAUACCUUGACUAUGUUGUCCUUAAGCCAUUUUGCCACAUCUUUGGAAGUAUGCUUAGGGUCAUUAUCCAUUUGGAAGACCCAUUUGCGACCAAGCUUUAACUUCCUGACUGAUGUCUUGAGAUGUUACUUCAAUAUAUUCACAUAAUUUUCCUUCCUCAUGAUGCCAUCUAUUUUGUGAAGUGCACCAGUCCUUCCUGCAGCAAAGCACCCCCACAGCUUGAUGCUGCCACCCCUUUGCUUCAUGGUUGGGAUGGUGUUCUUCGGCAUGCAAGCCUCCCCUUUUUCCUCCAAACAUAACGAUUGUCAUUAUGGCCAAACAGUUCUAUGUUUGUUUCAUCAGACCAGAGGACAUUUCUCCAAAAAGUACAAUCUUUGUCCCCAUGUGCAGUUGCAAACCGUAGUCAGGCUUUUUUAUGGCGGUUUUGGAGCAGUGGCUUCUUCCUUGCUGAGCAGCCUUUCAGGUUAUGUUGAUAUAGGAUGUGUUUUACUGUGGAUGUAGAUACUUUUGUACCUGUUUCCUCCAGCAUUUUCACAAGGUCCUUUGCUGUUGUUCUGGGAUUGAUUUGCACUUUUCGCACCAAAGUAUGUUCAUCUCUAGGAGAUAGAACUUGUCUCCUUCCUGAGCGGUAUGACGGCUGCGUGGUCCCAUGGUGUUUAUACUGGCGUACUAUUGUUUGUACAGAUGAACGUGAUACCUUCAGGCAUUUGGAAAUUGCUCCCAAGGAUGAACCAGACUUGUGGAGGUGUACAAUUGUUUUUCUGAGAUCUUGGCUGAUUUCUUUUGAUUUUCUCAUGAUGUCAACCAAAGAGGCACUGAGUUUGAAGGUAGGCCUUGAAAUACAUACACAGGUACACCUCCAAUUGACUGAAAUGAUGUCAAUUAGCCUACCAGAAGCUUCUAAAGCCAUGACAUUAUUUUCUGGAAUUUUCCAAGCUGUUUAAAGGCACAGUCAAUUUAUUGUAUGUAAACUUCUGACCCACUGGAAUUGUGAUACAGUGAAUUAUAAGUGAAAUAAUCUGUCUGUAAACAAUUGUUGGAAAAAGUACUUGUGUCAUGCACAAAGUAGAUGUCCUAACCAACUUGCCAAAACUAUAGUUUGUUACCAAGAAAUUUGUGGAGUGGUUGAAAAACGAGUUUUAAUGACUCCAACCUAAGUGUAUGUAAACUUCCGACUUCAACUGUAUCUACCCCCUCUUAGACUUGCUUUAAAUGAGAAUGACAGAUCUAUAACUCACAUUUCUAUAUGAAUUUGGUCAGGUCGCCGAAAUAGUGACACAUUGCAGCUUAAAAAUCUUUAUAAUAAAUAAGGUGACCCCCGAAAGCCAGAUAGAGAUGUGUAAAUUUGGCCUUAUAUUACUGUUGCAUAGGCUAUGCUGCAGCAAAUGUAGGCCUACCUAUCACAGAUUGUUUUUGCCAUGAUGCAUUGUGAACUGUGCUCCCUAUGGAGAUGCUCUGUCUGUCCCCUCCCUGAUUAAUCAUGCAAAUAGCAGAGAGAAGGCUGUAGAGAAGCCAGCACAACAUUUUAAGUACCAUUUCACGUCAUGAUGUUCAUAGAAAUAAUUUACUGGAUCUCAAAUAUAUUUAUCCUGGGAAAUGGUAGUGGGUUUGGGCGGGAAAUCUCAGUAACCCGGUUCCUGCUAUUCAACCCUAAUUGGAUCCCAUUUUUACUAUCUUUGCAAUGACUCUGGAUCGAACUCCCAACCUUCUAAUCUCAGGGUGGACACUCUACCCACAAGGCCACUGAGUUGUUACAAGAACAGCCCUUAGCCGUGGUGUACAGUAUAUUGGCCAUAUACCACACCCUUAAUGCUUAAUUGAGACACACACCAGGCGUUACACAUUCAAAGUCAUCCUGUAUGAGUACAUGAUGCUAACCCAUCUGUUCUAACCUCUCGCCUCCAGGUUGCGGAGCAAAUGGACAUCAGUGAGAUGCCCUGUCAGGCUCUGGUCCGCCUGCUGGCCAAGAAACCUGGCUGGAAGGAGACCAACUUCCAGGUACCUAACAUACCUACCACAUUCAACUGGGGGUUGUCCAGAGAGAGUAGAUUUCUGCCUAAAUGUUUUGGGUCUCUAUAAUAGUUGAUGGUGCCUCUUGCCAAUGAAAGAUGCUAUUUAAUGGUCUAGUGAUAAGACCAACUGCAGGCGAGCAAAACAAACUAUUUUAUAAUAGAGUCACAAUAUCAACUGUGUCCAAACAUGUCAACAGGAUGAUUUCACCUGCAUACUGUAUUUAAAAUUAGUUGGUUGAAGUGUGCUUAAACAGCCUACAAAAUGUUCAGUGUUGUGACAUGCCUCCAGGUGAUGCAGCUAAAGCUCCAGGUGGUGGCAGUGGUGGCCCAGAGGGGCAGGUUCUCUAAGACGUCUGCCUCUGUGGUGCUGGAUGCCCUGGUGGAGAAAGUGGGAGAUGUCAAGUGUGGAGGGAAGGCCAAGGACGCCCUGACGGCCAUAGGAGAGGCCUGCUCUUUGUCCUGGAUUUCUGAACAGGUAACAGACUGGAUACACUGAACAUGGCCAGGGUCAUGUUCAUUAGGGAACACAACAGAAAACGGUUUGCAACUGUAAAGGAAAAUUAAUGUAUUGUACAAGUCCAGGUCUGUCAAUGCCAAGUAGUUGAACUGGAACCCAUGGCUUGCUUCAAAAUGUGCUUUUGUUUUGUUCAGUUAUUACUUAAAGAAAGGAGGGAAGGAUGCGUGUGAACAUUCCUUGGAUAUCACAUUGUUACCCACUGGUGCAGUUUGUCGAUUGUUUUUGUUUUUUUCUCACUGAGAUUACCUGACACCAUUGAUUUACUUUAUUGUGAACCAAACUGCAGACAAUCCACUAACCACUCUGACCACUCCAGGUUGUGUCAUUGGCCUUUGCCCAGAAGAACCCGAAAAACCAAGCUGAGACACUGAAUUGGCUGGCCAAUGCCAUGAAGGAAUUUGGCUUCACAGGGUAAGUUAUCAUCACACAGGUCAGGUCUUAUAUUCCAUUGGAGUGUUGUCAGCGCUUUCUUGUCUCAAUAAUUGGUAUUGAAUCAAUCAAGCAUGUCCUCUCCUUUUCCAGAAUCAAUGUGAAAGCUUUUAUCAAACACAUCAAGACUGCUUUGGGUGCCUCCAAUCCUGUGAGUGUUACUGCUGCUCGAGCUAAUAUCUAUUUGUUGAGUGUCUGGCUUUAUUUGUCUGCUGCUAUUUGGAAUUUGUCAGUCAGCUUGUAUGCAUUAUGGUUAAAAACAUUUGUACUUUGCUAUGUUUCCUUAGAUUGACAUUUCUGGGUCUUCAUUCCUUGCUCUUAUAGAGCUCUGUGGUAGAUGGAUUGGUUGACAAUUUGACUGGUGUAGUUAUUUAAAUAACGGUGAAGAAACUAAUGAGUCUCUGCCUUUUUAACGUGUGUUUCUACCAGGCUAUACGAACAGCAGCCAUCUCUCUGCUGGGGAUGAUGUACCUGUACAUGGGCGCCUCACUGCGUAUGUUCUUUGAGGACGAGAAGGCUGCCCUGCUCGCUCAAAUCGACACAGAGUUUGACAAGGUAGGAUUUUAGUUGACACAUCUUCAUAAAUCUCUCUCAAGCUGACUUGACACUUGGAGUACCUAGUAUGUUGAUGUAUCUAUCCUUAAAUGUAGCUACCAAAUAAUGUGCCUUUCGAUCAAAUACUUUUCUAAUUGUGAAGUAAGUAACCUAUUGUGAAAUAAUUGGAUUAUGGCCUCUUAAAUGCCUAUAAAUGAAUUUCACAUUAAAUAUUAUCAGUGCAAGAAUGCUUACUUGUUUGUUUUUUCUUUGACAUUGUUGCCAGGCGUAACUUUGUUUCCAUAUUGACUCUGUGAUUGACUCAUCUUGGUUCUGCUGUGUCACAGAUGCAGGGCCAGACUCCCCCUUCCCCCACUAGAGGGUCCACCAAAAGGACAGGUGGGCAGGAGGAGGGAGAAGAGUCCAAGGAACAGGAGGAAGAGGGGAGUGCCGGUGACAUCAUGGACUUCCUGCCUCGCACUGAUAUCAGGUUAGCACAUACAGUACCAGUCAAAAGUUUGGACACACCUACUCAUUCCAUGGUUUUUCUUUAUUUUUACUAUUUUCUACAUUGUAGAAUAAUAGUGAACACAUCAAAACUAUGAAAUAACACAUAUGGAAUCAUGUAGUAACCAAAAAAGUGUUAAACAAAUCAAAAUAUAUUUUAGAUUCUUCAAAGUAGCCACCCUUUGCCUUGAUGACAGCUUUGCACACUCUUGGCAUUCUCUCAACCAGCUUCACCUGGAAUGCUUUUCCAACAGUCUUGAAGGAGUUCCCACAUAUGCUGAGCACUUGUUGGCUUCUUUUCCUUCACUCUGCGGUCCAACUCAUCCCAAACCAUUUCAAUUGGGUUGAGGUUGGGUGAUUGUGGAGGCCAGGUCAUCUGUUGCAGCACUCAAUCACUUUCCCUCCUUGGUCAAAUAGCCCUUACACAGCCUGGAGGUGUGUUGGGUCAUUGUCCUGUUGAAAAACAAAUGAUAGUCCCACUAAGCACAAACCAGAUGGGAUGGCGUAUUGCUGCAGAAUGCUGUGGUAGCCAUGCUGGUUAAGUGUGCCUUGAAUUCUAAAUAAAUCAGAGACCGUGUCACCAGCAAAGCACCAUCACACCACCUCCUCCAUGCUUCACGGUGGGAACCACACAUGCAGAGAUCAUCCUUUCACCUACUCUGCAUCUCACAAAGACAUGGCUGUUGGAACCAAAAAUCAGUCCAAAGGACAGAUUUCCACCGGUCUAAUGUCCAAUGCGCGUGUUUCUUGGCCCAAGCAAGUCUCUUCUUCUUAUUGGUGUCCUUUAGUAGUGGUUUCUUUGCAGCAAUUUGACCAUGAAGGCCUGAUUUACGCAGUCUCCUCUGAACAGUUGAUGUGUCUGUUACCUGAACUCUGAAGUAUUUAUUUGGGCUGCAAUUUCUGAGGCUAAUGAACUGAUCCUCUGCAGCAGAGGUAACUCUGGGUCUUCCUUUGAUGUGGCAGUCCUCAUGAGAGCCAGUUUCAGAUUGACUGACCAUGUUUUAAAGUAAUGCUGGACUGUUGUUCUUUUUGCUUAUUUGAUCUGUUCUUGCCCCCCCCCCCCCCCCCACCUUGUCACAACACAACUGAUUGGCUCAAAUGCAUUAAGAAGGAAAUAAAUUCCACAAAUUGAAAUGCAUUCCAGGUGACUACCUCAUGAAGCUGGUUGAGAGAAUGCCAAGAAUGUGCAAACUGUCAUCAAGGCAAAGGGUGGAUACUUUGAAGAAUCUCACAUAAAAUCUAUUUUGUUUUGUUUAACUUUUUUUUUUUGGUUACUACAUGAUUCCAUAUGUGUUAUUUCAUAGUUUUGAUGUCUUCACUAUUAAUCUACAGUGUAGAAAAUUUUAAAAAUAAAGAAAAACUCUGGAAUGAGUAGGUAUAUUCAAACUUUUGACUGGUACUGUAGAUGUACUAGAGCUGUACUUCCAAACCCUCUCCUCUGGGGACCACCAGACUUUUCACCUUUUUGAUUAAGUGCUUAACUGGCCCUUCUGAUUCAAUUAGUCAAGGGGUUGAUGAUGAGUUGGUUAUUUGAAUCGGCUGUGUAGUGCUAGGGCAACAAUACUAAACAUGCACCAGGGGGGGGCCCCAGGACCGAGUUUGGCAAAACCGUGUACUAGAGCAGUACUUCCCAACCCUCUCCUCAGGGGCCACCAGACGUUUCACCUUUCACAUUUUUGUUGCUGCCUUAAAUUCGGUCAGACCGGAUUUAUUAGUCAAGGGGAUGAUGAUUAGUAGACUAAUUUGAAUCAGGUGUGCCAGUUUAAGGCUGCAACAAAAAUGUGAAACAUCUGGUGGUUCCUGAUGAGAGGGUUGGGAAACACUGUACUAAAGAGCUUAUCUCAAGCUUUGCAAUGGCUGCUUCUGUGAGUGCACGGGCAGCACAAUUGAGGGCUAUCUCCCUUUAUCCAAAACCUCACGUGUACCCUUUAACUCUAUGGGUUAGCAUCACACUGGACGCCCCCAUCUAAAAUUAGGUGGUGCACCUGAGUUUUUUUCUGUUAAGCAAACAUAAAAAUAGAAAACUUCCCGGGUAGAAUGAUACCAAGACUGUCAGCGGUAUUAUCCUUCAGGCAGCCAUUGUUCUGAGGUUAAAGUAAUGUGCUGGCAUUUGUACUGUAUUGCUUUCACAAAUCCAAUCUGGUCAGAUCAGUGCUUAGAUGAGAACUGAAAGAACUGGAUGCAUUUCAUCAUGGUCAAAGAAAUGGCUCUUCUAACACCUCAGUUUUCUCUUUCGCUGUAGUGAUAAGAUCACAGAGGACAUGGUGUCGAAGGUGGGCGAUAAGAACUGGAAGAUCCGUAAGGAAGGUUUGAAUGAGGUGGCUGCAGUACUCUCCGAGGCCAAGUUCAUCAAGCCCAGUUUGGGAGACCUGCCCAUCACACUGAAGGGACGCCUCACCGACUCCAACAAGAUCCUGGUGAGUGUUACAUCCUGAGUGUGUUUCUCUAAAUGUGAGUGAAUGUUUAGGUGGGUUUACAUUUCAGAGAUGCGGGACGACUACCGUACCGUCGCUUAGGCCUAUAUGUGGAUUAUUAAUCGCACCGGUAUAAAUUGCAUGUCAGACAUGUGUACAACAUUUUUAAUAAAAUAGUACUGUCGGAGCUGGGACUGUCAUUUCCACGUCUCCCGAAUUGACACAGGAACAGUGAUUCUUCAGUGCUUUGUCAUUACUGCCUUGAUGUGAUCAUCAUGUGACCAGUUAAGUGAUUCUACAUACAGUCAUGGCCAAAAUUGUUGGCACCCCUGAAAUUUUUCCAGAAAAUGAAGUAUUUCUCACAGAAAAGUAUUGAAAUUACACAUGUUUUGCUAUGCACAUGUUUAUUUCCUUUGUGUGUAUUGGAAUAACACAAAAAAAAACAGGAAAAAAGCAAAUUUGACAUAAUUUCACACAAAACUAAAAAAAUGGGCCGGACAAAGUUAUUGGCACCCUUUCAAAAUUGUGGAUAAAUAAGUUUGUUCCAAGCAUGUGAUGCUCCUUUAAACUCACCUGGGGCAAGUAACAGGUGUGGGCAAUCUAAAAAUCACACCUGAAAGCAGAUAAAAAGGAGAGAAGUUGACUCAGUCUUUGCAUUGUGUUUCUGUGUGUGCCACACUAAGCAUGGAGAACAGAAAGAGGAAAAGAGAACUGUCUGAGGACUUGAGAACCAAAAUUGUGGAAAAAUAUCAACAAUCUCAAGGUUACAAGUCCAUCUCCAGAGAUCUAGAUGUUCCUUUGUCCACAGUGCGCAACAUGAUCAAGAAGUUUGCAACCCAUGGCACUGUAGCUAAUCUCCCUGGACGUGGACGGAAGAGAAAAAUUGAUGAAAGGUUGCAACGCAGGAUAGUCCGGAUGGUGGAUAAGCAGCCCCAAACAAGUUCCAAAGAAAUUCAAGCUGUCCUGCAGGCUCAGGGUGCAUCAGUGUCAGCGCGAACUAUACGUCGAAAUUUGAAUGAAAUGAAACGCUAUGGCAGGAGACCCAGGAGGACCCCACUGCUGACACAGAGACAUAAAAAAGCAAGACUACAGUUUGCCAAAAUGUACAUGAGUAAGCCAAAUUCCUUCUGGGAGAACGUCUUAUGGACAGAUGAGACCAAGAUAGAGCUUUUUGGUAAAGCACAUCGUUCUACUGUUUACCGAAAAUGUAAUGAAGCCUUCAAAGAAAAGAACACAGUACCUACAGUCAAAUAUGGUGGAGGUUCAAAGAUGUUUUGGGGUUGUUUUGCUGCCUCUGGCACUGGGUGCCUUGACUGUGUGCAAGGCAUCAUGAAAUCUGAGGAUUACCAAAGGAUUUUGGGUCGCAAUGUAGGGCCCAGUGUCAGAAAGCUGGGUUUGCGUCCGAGAUCAUGGGUCUUCCAGCAGGACAAUGACCCCAAACAUACUUCAAAAAGCACCCAGAAAUGGAUGGCAACAAAGCGCUGGAGAGUUCUGAAGUGGCCAGCAAUGAGUCCAGAUCUUAAUCCCAUUGAACACCUGUGGAGAGAUCUUAAAAUUGCUGUUGGGAAAAGGCACCCAUCCAAUAUGAGAGACCUGGAGCAGUUUGCAAAAGAAGAGUGGUCCAAAAUUCCGGGUGAGAGGUGUAAGAAGCUUAUUGAUGGUUAUAGGAAGCGACUGAUUUCAGUUAUUUUUUCCAAAGGGUGUGCAACUAAAUAUUAAGUUAAGGGUGCCAAUCAUUUUGUCCGGCCCAUUUUUUGAGUUUUGUGUGAAAUUAUGUCAAAUUUGCUUUUUUCCUGUUUUUUUUGUGUUAUUCCAAUACACACAAAGGAAAUAAACAUGUGCAUAGCAAAACAUGUGUAAUUUCAAUACUUUUCUGUGAGAAAUACUUCAUUUUCUGGAAAAAUUUCAGGGGUGCCAACAAUUUUGGCCAUGACUGUAUAUGUGAUCACCUCGUAUGUGUCUCUCUGUUUCAGGUCCAGCAGACCCUGUCGAUCAUGCAGCAGAUGGCCACUGCCAUGGGCCCGUCCCUCAAACAGCAUGUCAAGACCCUGGGCAUACCAGUCAUCACUGUGCUGGGGGAUAUUAAGGUACACACACACGUCACAAACACCCCAUCUCUCUAUCAUAGACUGAAACGCGCACAAACUUAUUGUCAAACCCACACACUUCUCACGGACUUUCCUCAGAACACAGUGCGUGCUGCAGCCAUGGCCACCCUGAACUCCUGGGUGGAGCAGACUGGUAUGAAGGAGUGGCUGGAGGGAGAAGAGCUGUCUGAAGAGCUGAAGAGGGAGAACCCUUUCCUCAGACAGGAGGUGUGUGUGGGGAGGGGGGUUGUUAUGGAUAGGGUUUGUGAUUGAAGACUUGGAUACACAUUAUCAUGAUAUCAGUAUAACUGUUACAUUUGUGGCCCUGUAUUUCUUAUUUGCUGCAGGUCAUUUCAAAGGGAAUGGUCAGAGGCGCCCUCUAAAAUAGUCUGUUAUAAAAAUUGGCCAAACGCUCUAAUUUUAUGGCUUGGGUGACACCUGGUUCAAUCUCCCGCUCGUCCCUCCCUAGGUGCUUGGCUGGCUGGCAGUGCAUCUGCCCACCAUGCGCUCAGUGCCCUCCGACCUCAUGCUGUGUGUACCCCCCCUGUUCGGCUGCCUGGAGGACCGCAACGUUGACGUAAGGAAGCGAGCCCAGGAUGCCCUGCCUGUCUUCAUGAUGCACCUGGGCUUCGACAAGAUGAACAAGGCCACAGGCAAACUGAAGGUAGGGGACUAAGGAGAGCUACUGUGCAUACCUUGUUUUUAAUCUACUGUGCAUUUUCCUGGCAUGGUUUAGGUCCACUCAACCCCUUAGAGGGCAGGGUAAACGCCAAUAAAUACACAGCUAUUGUGAGUGAUCAUCUUCAACCUAUGGUGAAUCAUUUCCUGUGCUGAUGGGAGUGGUCUCUUCCAGGAUGAAAAUGCCCCCAUCCACAGGGCAUGAGUGCUCACUGAAUGGUUUGAUGAGCAUGAAAAUGAUGUAAACCAUAUGCCAUGGCAGUCUGUCACCAGAUCUCAACCCAAUUGAACACUUAUGGGAGAUUCUGGAGCGGCACCUGAAACGGCGUAGGGCUGGGCGAUAUUUCAAAUUAAUGUCUUUACGAGAUAUUCCAAAUGCCUGUAUUGCAAGAAUCAAGGUUUGUUAUUUUAUGUUUUUAUGAGCGUUUUUCCGCUUGUUCUAGUUGUAUUUUUGGUCUCGUCUGCUUCACUUCUCUGCGCUGUGUGUACCUUCCCCAUUUACACCAGAGAUCUGUAUAUAAUGACGAGAUGUACGUCUCCGCUCUAACAAUGGGAAUUGUUGUCCCAAAAACGGAAAGGCAGGCGACAAGCUUAGGUCCAAAAUAAGCCCAUAGAAACACAUUGGCCUUAUUUUGGACAUAUGCCUCUUCCUCUAUGGCUUACACACACACCCCAAGCCCCUCCCCUUGUCUCUCACUCUAACAAAGUUCCUCUCUGGCAAGUGGUUUCAACUCGCAAUUUGCAUUUGAGGUUUGGUCCAACAGAAUCGGCAAUAUGGACACAAACACAUUGAGACAUUAUUUAACUGAUAUAGAGAAGUUCACUUUUCAAACUAUACCCUUUUUAUGUCUCAACUUCUCAAAUUGUGCGCAGAGCAGACACUACUAAAAAGAUAGUAUCAAUUAACAUUGAUUCCUGAAAAUGAAUGCUCAGUUUGUCGCGUGCUGCAUUGUGGUACCAGGUACCACUAGCAGCAUUUUAGCGAAAGACUGUUAUACUAGCUGUCUAGUCUGUUUUUAUAAAUGUGCAAUAAGCAUAAAACACAAUUAUAUAAGGAAUUGGCAUCUCGUUCUCAUUCUGAGAAAUAAGGUAGGCCACUUGAUUUCAACAUCUGAACAAGUGGAAAGGCUAAUAUGCUUUCAAACAGUUGGAGACAGAAGGGUGUGUUCAUAACAAUUCCACUGUUCAACCUUGUUAGCUAGCAAAUAGAUCCAAGUUGGCUAAACUUGAAAUAUAAAGAUUAGCUGGCUAAUCACUAGCACGUGGGCUUGAGAGGUUGUUUAGAUCUGUGUUAAUUUUCUAUAGCCUAAUGCCUGCUAUAAGAAGUUAGUCAUUAUCAGUGAAUGUGCAUUAUGCAUGGUUCUAGUUACAUUUUUAACAAAGAAAGUGCAUUUUUAUAGACAGACUUGAAAGCCAGAUCAGUGAUUUUAUUGCAACAACAAAAAAAGCAAGGUAAACUAUUUUGAUAAAAUAAUUAAAUGAAUAGGGGGUCUUAUGGUUGUAGAAAGCUUAUAUUUAACCUAGGUAUAACUUCACAAGCCAUGAAUGCAUUAGAUUAUUGCUGUCUGUUUUGAAAUGCAGUGUAUUUGACCUUUAAUUGUACAACGCUUAUUUAGGAAACAUUUUUACAAAAUCAGGAUAUAUAUUGUGAAUCACCCAUAAGUUUUUUGUUUUUAUUAAGAUUUUUAGGCUAUAUCGCCCAGCCCUAAAACUGUGUUUUCCAUCAACAAAACACCAAAAUUAUGGAAUUUCUCAUCGAGAAUGACACUUGUAGAAUCUAUGCCAAUGCACAUUGAAGCUGUUCUGGUGGUUCGUGGUGGCACAAAACCCUUUCAAGACACUUUAUGUUGGUGUUUCCUUUAUUUUGGCUGUUACCUGUAUCUUUUAAUCCACUCCCAAUAUGCUUGCAAUAAACACUGUCUUGAAGUUAAUUGAAAUAGAACAUGAGAAAUGAAUCGAUUUCUUGUCUAGCCUGCCUCUAAGGACCAGGUGGUUGCCAUGCUGGACAAGGCCAGGGCUGUGAUGCCUGCUAAAUCAGCUGGUCCUGCUAAAGCUGCCCCCACCAUGCCUGUUGCCAGCGUCCCCCCAGCCAAAGCCCUUGCAGGUGGGUUCACAUACAGCACUACUAAAGGCAUUAUAUAUCCAGGGAGGGCCAACAGGCAGACAAAAUGCGGCCGCGGUGGAUUAUGUGAUUGUUAAUUUUUUUUAUGCUCCCCUACAGUUGAAUUACUAAGUCCUGAUGUGGCCCUCUAGCAUUGAUGUUGGCCAUCCCUGAGCAAUAAGUAGAAAUUGAUUCGCUUUCAUUUCUUCAAUCCUGACCUCAAAUAUAGCUAGCAUCGCUAACACUAAAAGCAAACCAACUCAAGUUGUGUCCUGACCCAUAGGCAUCUCUAACAAACAUGCCAUAUUUUUGUACGAAAAGCCUGUGUUCUUAAAAUCCAUGUUUCUCUCCGUCGCAUCCCCUCAGCUCUGAGCAAAACCCAGGCUCCCAUUGAAGACUCUGCAGUCGCCGAACCCAAAGCCGACCCAAAGAAAGUCAAACCAGGGGCACUACCAGCCAAAGGAAAGGUUAGUGAGUCAAAGCUGUUCUCGUGUUUUCCUGCAUCUCAAUAGGAGCUUCACCAAUAUCCAAAUUUGUGUUACAUGUACUGUACCUCAUGGCUCAGAUAGUUGGAUCAUGGUGCUAGAACGUGCCAAAGUUUCACUUUAAUUCUCCCUUUGAUGAAGACCACCUAGGCAGUGUGCUCGUUUUAUAUUGAUCACAGAUAAAAUUAUUAAUAAUCUACAGGCGAAUUCAGAACAAUUUAACUUUUCUUUGAUGAAUCAGUCACUUAAGACUGUGGUCAUCCAGAAUGGAGGGGUUUAUUUACAAUCCGUGUGAUUGAAACGGACUGUUUAUUAGGGCAUGCCGUAGCAAAACCAACUGAAAGCAAGCGUUUGUUGAACUACAAGUACAGGUGCUCCCUCCGUCUAUCAGUUUUGUUCCGUUUCAUGCCAAAUGAACACGACCCUGGUGUUUUGUGUGGCUAGUGGAGGUCUCAGGAGCUGAACUCCAGCAUAAACAGCAGCAGGAGCUCCAACGGGGGCAUUAACACCAGUCUGGACAAGGAGCCUAGUGCCAGUCAAGCUAAAGGCUCAGCCAGGGGAAAGAACCGUAAACAGCAGUUACCUCAGGCCUCUGCCUGAAAGGAAAUGCACUUGGAAGGGGACUCGGACUAUCUGCUACUGUUGAUGACAUGCACGUUUCUUUUCCAGUUGAUGACACGCACAGUGUUUUCUUUUUAUGGCAAACACACUGCCAUUAACGGAAUCGCACACAAAUUGAGGUGUAAAAAUUGGGCUUAGCUGUGUUUCUUCUCUAGGGACUACCUUUGGUCCAAGUCUACACCACUCUCACCCAUCUCUUUUUCCAGGCACACGGCGUUAGAGGUGAUUCACAACGCUGCUUAUCUGGUGCAUUCUUGCCUAAUUGGUCACUGUUCUCAUCUACCCCUCCCCCCCAUUCCCUCAUUCAUUUGAUAAGGGUCAAUUUCCAGUCCUCCAUCGCUCUGAUGCUCCUUUGAACCUAUAUCCCCCACCUCUCUCCAGGCUGUUGCUGGGAAGAAGCCCUUGGGUAAGGGCAAAGAAGAGGAGGGCAAGUCUGGUCCCAUCUUCACCCUGGUGCCCAAUGGCAAGGAUCUACGUGUCAAAGAUGAGAAGAGCUUGAAGGUGUGUGUGUGUGUGCAAUAGGGCUGUCCCCAACCAAUCGAUUGGUGUACAUUUUUUAACAUAUUUGUCCAUAGACACACCCUAUGUGUUUUUUUUAUAAUAAACUAUAUGUACUGAGCUUGUCUGAUGCUGUUUGAUGAAAUAAUUAAGGCACACAAAUAACUCGGGAGCCAAAGAUUAAGAUAACCAGAAGAAUAACAAAGUAGGCAAACUUACUGUUCAAGUGGUUUGUCAUAUUCGUUAUUAGUUUGCAUUCCAUUUUAUUUGGCGUAAUCCUUUACAACAAUGAAAUGCUGCUGUACUGCAGACUUUUUGACAUUUUGUCUUAUGUAGGCCUAAUAAGUAGCUACCGUAUGUACCGAUAGGUAAGUCUUAGGCUACAAUUAGGCUGUGUGUGUGUGCCGUCUGCAAACAAAAAAUUCAGCUAGACUCAGCGAAAGGACGUUGCCACGAGCAGCGCCACAGAUAUUGAGAUGAGCGAGAUGCAUGACUCUCACACAGUCACUCACAGUAUCUGCGCAUGUGCACUGGUUCACUUCACGCUGUUACAGCUUGGUUAGCCAGGGCACCAAAACAGCAGAGAAGUUGAGCAUCGUGCACACUAUGCUGUUUGCUUUCUGCAUCUACGUCAUAUCGCUGAGAGCUUAUUUCUCAAAUUUUGUGAACAAAUUUGUUUACAUCCCUGUUAGUGAGCAUUCCUCCUUUUCCAAGAUAAUCCAUCCACGUGAUAGGUGUGGCAUAUCAAGAAGCUGAUUAAACAGCAUGAUCAUUACACAGGUGCACCUUGUGCUGGGGACAAUAAAAGGCUGCAGUUUGGUCACAACACAAUGCCACAGAUGUCUCAAGUUUUGAUGGAGAAUGCAGUUGGCAUGCUGACUGCAGGAAUGUCCACCAGAGCUGUUGCCAGUGGAUUUAAUGUUAAUUUAAGCCACUUCCAACGUCGUUUUAGAGAAUUUAGUAGUGCGUCCAACCGGCCUCACAACCGCAGGCUACGUGUAUGGCGUCGUGUGGGCGAGCGGUUUUCUGAUGUUACCGUUGUGAACAGGGUGCCCCAUGGUGGCGGUGGGGUUAUGUUAUAGGCAGGCAUAAGCUACUGUCAGCUAACACAAUUGCAAUUUGAAUGCAGAGAUAUUGUGACGAGAUCCUGAGGUCCAUUGUGAGGCCCGUUGUUUGUGACCAACAGAUGCAUAUCUGUAUUCCCAGUCGUGAAAUCCAUAGAUUAGAGCCUAAUGAAUUUAUUUAAAUUGACUGAUUUUCCUUAUUUGAACUGUAACUCCGUAAAAUCUUAAUUGUUUUGUUUUUGUUCAGUAUAGUAAACCAUACAAUUCUGAAAACACAAUUUAUAAAGUAAUACACCUUAUUAUUAGUUUUGCACCACUGUUCUUACAUAAUAUAACCAUAUACAAUUUCAAUAGCACAUGUCUUAGUGAUGGACGGGUGCCAUCCCUUCGUCCUCUGCAAUGGAUUAGUCAGUCCGCUGAGACAGGCGCAACUCAGAUGGGUGUCUCGUGUGCAAAACCCUCCCCAAAAAGAAUAUAUUUGCGACGCUCCCCCAAAAAAAAUUUGGGUACCAACUAAAUGGGUCAGCCCUAGUGUGUGCACAUCUAUGGGCAAAAGUGCUUGGUGGUGCAGAUUAGGAAGUGUAGUUCACUUUUGCUUGUUGAGUAAACACUGUGAGUUAAAUGUAUCCCCUGUGUGUUGUAGGUGCUAAAGUGGAACUUUGGGUCUCCUCGCGACGAGUAUGUGGAGCAGCUUAAAGUUCAGAUGGCUCCCUGUGUGGCCAAGUGGCUUCAGGAGGAACUCUUCUCCCAUGACUUUCAGCACCACAUCAAAGCCAUCAACUCCAUGAUAGAGGUGAGACCCUACGCAUACAUAGACUUCCAGCACUAACUCUGAGCUUUCACCACCAUAACAGGUGAGCUAUAUACUGACCCAGAUGUAGUGAAUUGGUGAGGGAUGAGUUGCACCCUCAGUCAGGGGGCUGGUUGCAGUGGCACAGGUGUCCCGUACCUCUCUGGGGACACACCAAUGUGCACAUGGGCCAUCUGACUCACCCCCCCACACACACACCACCACCAAAACACAGACUUACUCCAGCAUCACGAUAAAUCAAUCAAUGAGUACAAUUACAUGCACAGUAGGCUUGGGCGAUAUACCGUAUACCGGGGUACACUAUAUAUACAAAAGUAUAUGGACACCCCUUCAAAUUAGUGGAUUUGGCUAUUUCAGUCACACUCGUUGCUGACAGGUAUAUAAAAUCGAGCACACAGCCAUGCAAUCUCCAUAGACAAACAUUGGCAGUAGAAUGGCCAAUACUGAAGAGCACCGUCAUAGUAUGCCACCUUUCCAACAAGUCAGUUCGUCAAAUUUCUUCCGCGAAGUGGUAGGCCACACAAGCUCAAAGAACGGGACCGCCGAGUGCUGAAGCGCGUAAAAUCGUCUGUCCUCGGUUGUAACACUUAAUACCGAGUUCCAAACUGCCUCUGGAAGCAACGUCAGCACAAGAACUGUUCGUCAGGAGCUUCAUGAAAUGGGUUUCCAAUGCCAAGCAGCUGCACACAAGCCUAAGAUCACCAUGCGCAAUCCCAAGUGUUGGCUGGAGUGGUGUAAAGUUCGCCGCCAUUGGACUCUGGAGCAGUGGAAACGUGUUUUCUGGAGUGAGGAAUCACGCUAAACCAUCUGGCAGUCCGACGGACGAAUCUGGGUUUGGCGGAUGCCAGGAGAACGCUACCUGCCCGAAUGCAUAGUGCCAACUGUAAAGUUUGGUAGAGGAGGAAUAAUGGUCUGGGGCUGUUUUACAUGGUUUGGGCUAGGCCCCUUAGUUCCAAUGAAGGUAAAUCUUAACGCUACAGCAUACAUUGACAUUCUAGACGAUUUUGUGCUUCCAACUUUGUGGCAACAGUUUGGUAAGGCCCUUUCCUGUUUCUGCUUGACAAUGCCCCUGUGCACAAAGCGAGGUCCAUACUGAAAUGUUUUUUUCGAGAUCGGUGUGGAAGAACUUGACUCUCCUGCACCGAGCCGUGACCUCAACCCUAUCGAACACCUUUGGGAUGAAUUGGAACGCAGACUGCGAAACAGGCCUAAUCGCCCAACAUCAUUGCCCGGCCUCACUAAUUCCCUUGUGGCUGAAUGGAAGCAAGUCCCCACAGCAAUGUCCCAACAUCUAGUGGAAGACCUUCCCAGAAGAGUGGAGGCUGUUAUAGCAGCAAAGGGGGGACCAACUCCAUAUUAAUGCCUAUGAUUUUGGAAUGAGAUGUUCGACCAGCAGGUGUCCACAUACUUUUGGUGAUGUAGUGUAUUUCGAAAUGCCAACGGUAUAAUUUUCAAUAUAACAUUUAAAAACGUAGUGCACCACCACUGCUAAUAACUAUGAAGUAAGUAUAACUGUAAAACCUCUAAGAUGUGUCAAAUGACAUCCAGCUCAGGGCUCCAGCUUUGCAUUUGGUUUGCUAACUUACUAGCUAAGUGGCUAGAUGACAAAAUUAAGCUUCUUGGUUACAGCAGAGACAUUCUAGCCUGAGCACCAGUCUCUUUAGCUAACAUUCUACUCCUUCUCAUUGUCAAAGAGACUGGCCUUUCUGCCAUCUUCAAAUAUGAACAUUCUAUCAUUAAUGAGCUUGAGGAGUUGAUCCUGAUUCGAUAAUCCUCACCGCUAUCCUCCAAUCACAACGAUUAUCAAAAUAUUGGAACGCUCACUUUCUUCUCUCCAUAGAACACGUUGAUAUCCGGUUGCUAUGCAAGUUUUUUGUUUGUUUGUCCAGUCUGUCAAAAAUAGCUGGCUCGUGUAAAUUCCCAAACUAAAUACAUACUGCAAUUCCAGCCACAAAAACUCUUUGCUUUGAUUUUAAGCCUCAAAAUACGACUUGCCUAGCUAAAUGUUUAUUUUUGACUUUGUUAUAAUUGGAAUUCUAUUUUCGUGGCUCCACAUGUCAUGGAUACGGAUAAUGUUGUUCUUUCCAAUAUUAAUGUUAUUACCAACAAGCAACUCCGCAGUAAAUCCAGCUGCAUAUUGAACGUUGAGAUUGCUGAAAGGCCAGUCUCUUUGGCAAUGACAUGGAGUGGAAUGUUAGCUAAAAAGACUGGUACCCAGACUAGACAUUGAAUCCCUUCCUGGAUCAAGAUCCCUUUGCCUAAAUUGUUUGUGCGUUUUCUAAAAUUGAUUUUUAGAAAUGGCACCCCUUGUGCGCACUUCUGAUAAUACUGUAUACCCCGGUAUGGUACAGAAACGGUAUGAAAAUCUGGAUACAUCCCAGCCCUAAUGCACAGUAAUAAUUUGAUAUAAAAUUAAUGGCAGUAGGUAGAUUAUGCAAUAGUCACGUAAACACAUUACUCUGCUUAUCUUAAUCAGCGUAAGGUCAAAAUCAAAGUAAGCAUACGCCGAUUAAAAACCUGGUUUUCUGAGCAAUCGUUCAAAUGAUUAGGACAUGUUAACACCUUAAACGGCGUUCCAGCUGUGUAUUUGAUCUGCACGUAUGCUAGCACCAGCCGAGCGAGCCUCCCUCUUUAGCACGAGUGAAGUGAGUUCAGAACAACUGAAUGUAUACAUCUUAGAAGUAGUUUUCACAUAUAAACUUUAUGUCCAAACUCAGAAUCAGACAUGGGGUAGAACGUUUAUUUUGAUUGGCUAGGUAGCCUGAUUUCAGAUGUGUCCAUGUAAGAAGGAAUAUUAGGGAAAUCUUUAUUUUUGCAAAGCAUGUAAACGUUUUAAUCAAAUUAUUCUUAAUCUGACUAUCCACAAUUGCAUUACUGUGUGCAUGUAACCGUACUCGAUGAUGUGUACGAGGUGAGACGGACAUCUCUGGCAAUAAAAGCAAAAUCCCAUAGCUAGCCCUUUUAAUACUAAAAUAUGCCAUUUAGCAGGAGCUUUUAUCCAAAGCGACUUACAGUAGUGAGAGCGUACCUUUUCAUACUGGUCCCCUGUGGGAAUCGAACCCACCACCCUGGUGCAAGUGCCAUGCUCUACCAACUGAGCCACACAUGAUUUCCAUAGUACUUGAUGAAUAGUAGGAAAUAACCAGUAUAAACAUCAUGGUGACCCUACCUUUUUAAUUUGGUAGCAAUCCUACAUGUAUGAAUGAAUAAAGUUCACUCUCUCCCCUUCUCUCUCCUCCCAUCAUCCCUUGGCUAGUGUCUGGAGGAGGAACACGAGGCAACGGUGGCCUGCCUGGACCUGGUCCUGAAGUGGUACACGUUGCGCUUCUUCGACACAAACACCAGCGUGCUGAUGAAGGCCCUGGAGUAUCUGAAGCUCCUUUUCCUCAGCCUCAGCAAGCACAACUACCACCUGAGUGAACAGGAGGCCACCUCUUUCAUCCCCUACCUCGUCCUCAAGGUCUGUCACUGGGGGUUCAAGGCUACGUCCCAAAUGACACCCAAUACCUAUAUAGUGCACUACUUUCACCAGAGCACUAUGGGCCCUGGUCAAAAGUAGUGCACCACAUGAGGAAUAGGGUGGCGUUUGAGACUCGACCUGUGUUUCACUGAUACCUUUUUCACUCCGAGCUGAGCUCUACUGUGCUGGCCUGGGUAUAGAUCUGUUAUAUACGAUAAUAAGGAGUUGUUUAUUCGCUAGCAACAUGUAAUUAGCUGUGGUGGGGUGUGAGAGUGAUGAGUUGCACUCUGUCGGGGCGCUGGUUGCAGUGGCACGGGCGUCUCGUCCCGCACUUCUUUGGGGACACACCAUGUGCACAGGGGCCAUCUGAUUCACCCCCACCAAAAAAUAUUUCAAGUUAAUCAACUCUAAUCUGACAAGUAUUACCUACAAUAGGGUUAGAGGGAAACAGUCCCAGAUUGCAGUUGAACUGCCCUGACUGGUCUAUAACUCUAUAGCCCUCCUGAGGGUUUACUUAUUUGUUUGCUCUGUGUCCCCCCUCAGGUGGGUGA